GAUUCUGGCUGCAGCUGACAGCUGGAGAGAGUCACCGGGAGACCCAGACUCACAGGAGGACAUCCUGGGACUACAGCCCUGGACCACACCGGGAGAGCCUGUCCCCACACUGGGCAUCAUGUACUGGGAGACUACAGGGCCUGCUGAGCCCGCUUAACCAGGAGCCUGCACCCCAUUAUAACCUGGGCAUCCCAGCACCCCAUUCCAGCCUCCACAGACCCCCAUCUUCCUGCACCCCAACUCUGCAAGCCAGCACCCCACCACUACACCCCCGGACAAACAUCACUACAGCUCUGGACCACUCCAACACAGACUGCACCCCAUUAUAACCUGGGCAUCCCAGCACCCCAUUCCAGCCUCCACAGACCCCCAUCUUCCUGCACCCCAACUCUGCAAGCCAGCACCCCACCACUACACCCCCGGACAAACAUCACUACAGCUCUGGACCACUCCAACACAGACUGCACCCCAUUAUAACCUGGGCAUCCCAGCACCCCAUUCCAGCCUCCACAGACCCCCAUCUUCCUGCACCCCAACUCUGCAAGCCAGCACACCACCACUACACCCCCGGACAAACAUCACUACAGCUCUGGACCACUCCAACACAGACUGCACCCCAUUAUAACCUGGGCAUCCCAGCACCCCAUUCCAGCCUCCACAGACCCCCAUCUUCCUGCACCCCAACUCUGCCAGCCAGCACCCCAUCACUACACCCCCGGACAAACAUCACUACAGCUCUGGACCACUCCAACACAGACUGCACCCCAUUAUAACCUGGGCAUCCCAGCACCCCAUUCCAGCCUCCACAGACCCCCACUAACUGCACCCCAACCCUGCAAGCCAGCACCCCACCAUUACACCUCUGACAAACAUUAAUACAGCACUGGACCACUUCAACAAAGAUUGCACCCCAUUAUAACCUGGGCAUCCUAGCACCCCAUUCCAGCCUUCACUGUCCCCCAUUCCCUGCAACCCAACCCUGCAAGCCAGCACCCCACCAUUGCACCCCCUGGCAAAUAUUAAUACAGCCCAGAACCACUUCAACACAGUCUGCACCCCAUUAUAACAUGGAUACCCCAGCACCCCAUUCCAACCUUCACUGAUCCCCCACUUCCUGUACCCACUCAGUCCUGCCAGCUAGCACUGCACCCCUGUCAUUCAGUCCAGAACCACUAUACUAACACUCCAAACUGCACAUACUGCACCCCAUUAUAGCCUGGGCAUCCCAGCACCCCAUAUCAGCCUUUACUGCCUUCUUCACUCACUCAUACCAAGCCCUGCAAGAUAACACCCCGUCAUUGCACCUCCUGCCAAACACCCCUACAGCACAAGACCACUAUACCUACACUCCACAUCUGCACAGAUCUCACCCUAUAAUCCCACUAGCCAAUUCCCAUCACUGCAUCCUAUUGUCAGAGUACCAUUAUUGCACCCACUGCACCUUUAUACAAUAUUUCUCACCCAGUGCCAGCCUCCCUGAACCUAUCUCCUGUUCAUAUCCUUCCUGCCCCUCAAAUAUUCCCAAUUUCUGACCCCUAGCCACUACUCACAUAACCCCAUUUCUGAUCCAGCCCUUCUCUGACUACUUUGGACACAUUGUAUCCUUUCAUUCUUCAAGGAUAGAAUAUCUGAGCAUUCAACAUUUUUCAUUUAGCACCCCCACAUUUUGGGGGUUUAUCCUUUAAAUAAAUUGGAUGUUCAUACUGUAUUAUUUUGGUCUCUGAUCCCAAAGCCCCCUGUAUGUCUCCACCUGUCACCAUUUCACCUGCACCACAUCUAGUCCCCAUGGAUGUCGCUGAGAAUUGCUGACCCUACCAUCACAACAUACAAUGGAGAGUGUUACUGUCCCCCAGGACAGGAGCUUUCAUAGCCCCUUUCUGGAGCUGGAGGACUUCACAGAGGCGGAUUUCAUGAGCAAUGUGGUAAGGACACAACGUGCAUAGUGUGGGGGUAUAUUUAUUGCUAGUGCGGCAUAUGACCUUAUAUACCAUGAUGCACCAGGAAAUUAAAUGCAUAUUCUAUACAGUCGAGUUACAAAAAAUAACUAUUAACUAAUUAGCUGUCAGGAUGGCCCAUACAACACUCUUCUGAUUUACCCACUGCCAUUGAGAUUAGUAGCCCCUGUAACUAGUGAACCAUACUGCCAAUGAGUUUAAUAGCCUCUGCAAUAUUGCCAAUACGUUUAGUUUAUACCCUGUAUAUAAUAAACCUGGCCCCUCACUGCCAAAAAUGAUUAGGCUCUGUAAUGAAUGACCAGAACAGCAUUACCAAUAUGUAUUGUAGAUGCUAACUAGUGCCCCACCAUUGCCAAUAAGUUUAAUAUCCUCUGUAAUUAGUGACCCUACCAUUGCCAAUAAUUUGGUAGCUCCAUAACUUUGGAUCCGCUAACUGCCUCUAAACAGUGCUGACCCCCCACUUAGUAUAGCAGCCCCUGUAAAUAGUGACUAUUACUCUGCCAAUGACUUUUAUAGCCCAUGUAAUUAGUGACCUCCAACUGCAAAUGGGUUUAGUAUCCCCUGGAAUCAGUGAGCUCCCCAAUGCCAAUGAAUUUAGUUGCCCAUGAUAUAACAAGUGACUCACCCCUCUCCCCCAAUGUGCUUAGUAGCCCCUGAAAUUAGGGUUCACGUCACUGCCAAUGAGUUUAUCAGAACCUGUAAUUAGUGACCACCCACUGUCAGUGAGCUUUGUAGCCCCUAUAAUUAGAGACUACCCAAAUUGUUAAUGAAGUUAGUAGCCCCUCUAAUUAGUGCUCCCCACAAUAACCCACGAUAAGACGCUGACAUUGUGUUUGAAUUGAAUUGCAUGCUCUUGGGUUUAGUUCUGUCAUGUCUAUUGUACUGGGAGCUGAAGGCUCAGUUACAGUAAGGCAGACCUGCCAUCUCCAAUUACAGAACAUAAGCGUUUCCUCCUCAGUUUUCCGUUGGCAGUACCGUCUUCUCUAUAAUACAUUUUAAAUUGCAGGUUGUGCUAUUGGCUUCUUACAGCAGCUCCAAUCUAGCCCUUCCACAGCGGCUGGGACUUGUAUUCUGGAAGAGAUUGCUUUGUGGCACAUUGAAAUCAGUCUUUCAAAAAGCCUGCAGCUUGAAGUGUGAUAAGGACUAAUAGUUCUUCCUUCAUAUCACUCACUCUUUCUUUAACUAUUGGGAACGUCCAAAUGUCCAUAGUUUUAUGGCGGUGAUUGCAAACUUUGGUAAACCAGAUGACUGUAAACCAUCCUGGCUACCAAGGGGUUAGCAAUUCUAUUAGGGGUAACCUACCUGUAGCAAUCUAGUUGUUUAACUGCAAGUCCUAUGAUCCUCAGAUGUUUAUUGAUUAAACAGUUAGUGUCAGUGAGCCGACAAUUAAGUCAAAUUUAGGCCGAGUUGGAAUAAAUUGUCUCUAGGCCUAAACUCUACAACUUGUUCUUCAAUGUGUGAAAGCUCACUGUGCCCAGUGUAUCUCUGACGUGUCAUUAUAUGAGAACAUCGCCUAUAGGUGUGAAUCUGUGAUCCUAGGUUGGCAAGAUUCGAUGGAUGUUGCAAUCACAAAUAUGGGAAGCAUGCUGCUGUCUGGAUACAUUAUAUUGCAUUACUGUCUGAUCCAAACACUUAACACUAGAGUUCCCAUUUAUAUAGCUUUGUGCCACCGUUCUUGGAUACCGCCAAUGGAUAAAUGUUCAUAGUGUUGAGUGUGCGUCAUCAAACUCAUUUAGAUUUGAUGAUAUUUAUUGGAAAUGUCAUUGUCAGUAUGGAAUGUGGAAAACAUCAAGCGACAUUGGAGCUCUGCAUUCGUAAGAGUGGAGUGUCAGAGCUUGUUUCAAGAUUAAGCUACUUUUAAUGACGCUGCAAGGGCUAGGGGAUACUUAGGGUGAGGGUCUUACAGGAUGAUCGUAGGCUCUGAGGCCCCUGUCUAACCCUUGGACUCUAGGCAGUUGCCUAUCGUCACCUGAUGAUUUGUCCCAUUCUGCUACCUUCUCUUGAUGCAGUGGACUACAAUUCUCAUGAUGCCCAGUCAUUGUAAGAAGACAAGGUUUAUUUUGGCCCUUGUUGAUGACUUGAACAGGUGACGCUAAUGUUUAACUUGUCAUUUUAAAGGAACACUCCACACACAAUGUGCUUAUAAUGUUUGGAGUGAAUAUGGUGUCAAGGGGUGUGCUGGCACACGCCCUCCCCUAUUGUAAGCUGUCAAACCAUUUAAGAACUGUUUUAUGGCUAAGGAGCGCAGGAUCCAGUGCAGGGCUAGCUCAUUGUCUGAGAACAUCAGCUGAUUGCUCUCAGCCAAUGAGCUAAGCCCUGCACUGUUUCUUUAUAUACUGCUUGAAAAUGUUAGGACUGCACCCAUUGCCUCCUAGCACCAUUACCACCGCAAUAAUCUAUAUGUUUAAACUGCAUAUAUUGUGUUUGCUUGCCUUGACCAUGUGGUAAAACAUACAGCAUUUGUGACCACCUAAUAGGGUCUGCCAGUCAGGUGUCCUCUCUCCAGCACCACAUGUGUCGUAGACAUUAAAUCGUAGCCUCCCAACCUUUCAAAUGAAUAACUAGAGACACUUUAAGUUGUUUUCGUAGCACUAUAGUGGCCUACAAUGCCAUGGAGGCAUAUUCAGUAAAAGAAUAAGCGGCACUUCUGCUGGGGCCAGACUUCAUGUCCCAUAAGCCUCUGGGAGACAAGAGAUUGUGGACUUUGACAACAUAGACCAGAAUGAGUGUUUCUGAUUGGUGGAGCCUCUUCUUAAUCUUUGAAAGGGUCGGUACAUUUCUCCCCCCUCCCUCCCCCACUUUUAAAACACAUUAUCAUUAAGAAAUGGACGCACCUCCAACAUGGAGUUUUUUGCUUGGGUACAUCUCUGUCUGAAGGUACAUAUGAUGGUUGAAGUUGUAAACAAUGAACACACAGAGCAGAGGUAGGCAACCCUUUAGUAGUAUUGUGCCAAAACAAGAUCUUAAAGUCCUUUGGCGUACCAGUACUAUUUUCUCAAACCGAGGUGUACAUGUUCCCGAAUUCUACCUGUGUUAUUUAUGGGUACUGCAGUUGCUUUGUAGCGUUGUUUUUGUGCGUAUAUGGGCUGUUUGUGGUAUUGUGUAUGAUACAUAUGCAUGCAGGCUGUGUAUAGGGGCUGCUUGUGGAAUUGUGAGUGUGGGGGUAUGUCACAUUGUGUGUUCGGUGGUGUGUGUAUGUGUGAGGCUAUUUGGGUUAUUGCAUGUGAGAGGCUGCAUGUGGGGUUGGGUGCGUGUAUGUGGAUUGUUAGUGGUGCUGUGUUUGUGUGUGGGCUGUUUGUAUUAUUUGUAUAAGGAGGAGGAUUAUUCUGAAGCUCUGUCUUUAUCUAGCAGAGUUUGUGGCUUCCCUGGGAUCAUAGGCGUGCGCAGCUUAUUGCAUUAGGGUGUGCACCCUAAAUCACAAACACACGCCGCGUGUAUAUGUAUGUGUGUGUGUGUGUGUGUGUGUGUGUGCACACACAUACAUACACUGCUGUGUGUGUGUGCUGCAUGAGGGUGGUUUGAGGGUGUUGUUAGUCCUGUUAGUGUGCUGGUGCUGUGUGUGUGUUUGUGAGGGUGCUGUUUCUGUGCUGUGUGUGAGAGGGUGCUGUGUGUGAGAGGAUGCUGUGUUUGAAAGGGUGCUGUGUGUGAGAGGGUGCUGUGUGUGAGAGGGUGCUGUAUGUGUGGGCUAGGGUGCUGUGUGUGUGGGCUAGGGUGCUGUGUGUGUGCGAGGGUGCUGUAUGUGUGCUGUAUGUGUGAAGGUGCUGUGUGUGUGUGUGGGUGAUGUGUGUGAAGUAUGUGUGUGGGUGCUGUGUGUCUGUGUGGGUGUGUGUGCUGUAUAUGUGUGGAUGAAUGUGGGGGUGGAGGUGGGGGUACAUUACUUAAUAUCCCCCCCUCCCUUCUUUGUAGGGAGGGGGGAUCGUGCUGCUGCAUUCCCUCGUGGUCCAGUGGAGAGUUCACUCUCGCGAGAUCUGAGCGUUGCCGUGGCAACGCUCCGACCUCCCGAGAGGAACCUGGCGGAGCUGCUGGUUGAGCUCCCCGGGUCCUCUCCUGCCUCCCUCCAUAGCGCCAGCUUUGCAUGAGCCGACAGGGGAGAUCCUGAGAUCUCCCCUGCCGGUCUCAACAAAUAGGCGUGCCCCGGGGGUUAGGGUGUGCCCAGGCACACCCGGCGCACACCUAUGGUGUGUAUGUAUAUGUGCAUACAUCUCAGCAUUUCACCUACACUACACACAAAUACAACCCUGCAUCCAAAUGUCAACCCUACAUAAAAACACACCACCAUAAAAAAAAAAAACCAGACUACAGAAAAAUGCACUCCUGCAUUCAAAUGCCAAUACGUGCAAACACACCCGUUCAUUCACUCUCACAUACGCCAUACAAAAACAUGCUUACAUUCAAACACACAAACAGUGCUUGGUGCUAAAUACAUAAAAAUAAAAACACUGCUCAGUGCUAAAGACAUAAAAAAUAUUAUAUUUAAAAGAAGGAAAACUACCACGACAAGAGGACAUAGUCUUAAAUUAGGGGCAAAGGUUUAAAAAUAAUAUCAGGAAGUAUUACUUUACUGAGAGGGUAGUGGAUGCAUGGAAUAGCCUUCAAGCUGAAGUGGUAGAGGGUAACACAGUAAAGGAGUUUAAGCAUGCGUGGGAUAGGCAUAAGGCUAUCCUAACUAUAAGAUAAGGCCAGGGACUAAUGAAAGUAUUUAGAAAAUUGGGCAGACUAGAUGGGCCGAAUGGUUCUUAUCUGCCGUCACAUUCUAUGUUUCUAUGUUAAAUGGAUUACUAACGAGAGGAAGCAAUGUUUAGUGCAUGUGCCCUUCAAUAGAUAAGACUCAUCCUCUUAUAAAAUGAUGCACCAUCUAAGAUGUUUUACUUGUUCAUCCUGAGUCCUUCAAUGCUGCGCCAUCAUAGUAAACACAAAUCACAGAAUUUUAAUUUAUCAGCUCUAUGUUGACGUACUUUUAUGUGAUUUAGAAAAUGAAAUAGAUCAAUUGUUCCCCACAGACAAACGAGCAAUAUUGUAUCUAAACAUCACAAAUUCGUUAAAGGUGAGAGUCUGGAAGCCCAAAAGCUGUACCAAAUAAUAUCCCUCAGUCUGACUUCAAUAAGAAGAAAGAUGGGUUGAGAAAUAUCCAACUACUUAACCUCCAAUUCAUGGAGACAAGCACGGUCAGAACAAGAAUCGUUUAAAUCAGAGACAUUCAUUCAAAGAGCUUCUUCCCAGCAUAUUUUUCUCAUAUCAGUUGUUUCAUCUCCAUAAUGAAAUCAUGGCAUGUGGUGUUCGGACUCUCAAAGUAUCUAUCUGCAUUAAGAUGUUCUAUGAUUCACAUUAUCCCAGAUGACACUAUUACUGUGUGAAACCAGAGGGUGAAUCCUGGCACUGCAGCGGCUGAUGGUGGUGAAUCUCAUUAAUCUCAGCCAGUCAAAAGGCUUCAAACAUUUAACUCAGAGACUUGGAGAGGUGAUCUCUAUGCGUUCAAUGUUUGACCAAGUGGCCAAAUUUAAGAGUGGAAAGUAUCAGGGUGGAUGGGAAGGUUAUUUAUCUCUCUGAGUGAUUUGGAUUAAUACAUUUAGUAAAGUUGAGGAUUAGAAUUGACCUACCUGCUAGCCUCUAGGUCAAGGGACAGCAGCCAUGCAUGGCUCUCAAGGCUGCCAGAGACAAACAUUGGCCAAACAGGAGUCCCCGUGGAACGUCAUAUAUCUGAUAGUGUAAACUGAGUGGUGAUUGCAGGUGGUGACGGACAUUCCUGAAUUUUACGCAUUGAAGCACUUAGAGGAAGUGAUCUCAGAUUACUUCCUUUAAUCACCUGUGAAUGGGAAUCUGCACUGGAGUAGAGCAGUCCACAGCAGUCAUCGCAGCUCCUGCCACUGACCUGAACCUGGCGCCCGGUCUCCAAUGGAUCCCAGGCAUAGGCGUGCGCACGGGGUGUGCCGGGUGUGCCUGGGCACACCCUAAUCCCCGUGGCACGCCUAUGGUUUGAGUCCUGCAGGAACAGCGUUCCUGCACUUUUUUUGAGCAGGAACGCUGUUCCUGCAGGCACUCAGUGCCCCCUGUUUCACCUCUUGCCCCUGUCAUGGGGAGGGCAAGAGGUGAUGGAUUCCCACGCCCCACUCAGCGCGCGGCGUGGGAGCUCUCUGCUGUCGGCUCUCUGCUCCCUCUCGCCGCGCGCUGAUGCCGGGAGCCGGAAUAUGACGUCAUAUUCCGGCUCCCAGCUGCAGCAGACAGCCCGCGCGGCGAGAGGGAGCAGAGAGCAGACAGCAGAGAGCUCCCACGCCGCGGCUCAGCUGGAGAAAGGCGCCUGCCCCCACUGGACCCCAGUGAAAAGUCCACCAGCACUCCAGGUAGGAGGCUGGGUGGACAUUGUUUUUUAAAAUUAAAAUAUAAUAAUUUGUGUGUGUGUGUGUGAGUAUGUGUGUGUGUGUGAGUAGUGUGUGUGUGUCUGUGAGUGUGUGUGUGUCUGUGAGUGUGUGUGUGUCAGUGUGUGUGUGUUUCUGUGAGUGUGUGUCUGUGAGUGUGUAUGUGUGUGUGUCAGUGUGUGUGUGUGUGAUGUGUGUGUCUGUGAGUAUGUAUGUGUGUGUGUGUCUGUCAGUGUGUGUGUGUGUACGUAUAUAUAUAUAUAUAUAUAUAUAUAUACACACACACACACACACACGCAGAGCCGGCGCUAUCUGAGUGCCGGCUCUGCUCUAAGCCUUCAUGGGCCGGCGGGGAGACCAAAGAUCUACCUCACCGGCCCACAGCAGCAUGGAGGGAGGCAGUAGAGGACCCAGGGAGCUCUAGACAGAAGCUCCGCCAGGUUCCUCUCGCGAUAUCUGAGCGUUGCUGCGGCAACGCUCAGAUCUCGCGAGAGUUAACUCUAGCCCCGCAGGCUAGAGUUCACUCUCCACUGGACCACCAGGGAUGGCACAUGGCAGCAAGGAUUUACUAAUCUGCCAAAUCCCUCCAAACAUACAGCACACACACAUACAGCACCUACACACAUACAGCUCACACACACAGUACACUAACCGCACCCUCACAAACACACACAGCACCUUUAAAAAAAACACAACACCCUCACACACAGCACACUAACAGCACCCUCACAAACAGCACCCUCACAGGACAAACAUACACACACAAACACCCUCACACACAAACAGCACAGUCACAAACACGCACCCUCACACACACAUCACACUAACAGCACACAGCACACUAACAGCACACACAGCAGUGUGUGUGUGUGUGUGUUUAUAUAUAUAUAUAUAUAUAUAUAUAUACAUACACACACACACACACGCGCGUGGCGUGUGUUUGUGCUUUAGGGUGCACACCCUAAUGCAAUAGGCUGCGCACGCCUAUGCUACAGACGCCGCGAUCAUUUCCGGUUAGACGCGAGCACUACGUCACUUCCGGUGUGACGCGGGUGCCGCGUCACUUCCGGUAUGACGCGUGCGUGUCAGCAAACAGCCGGAACCAGGAAGUAAGCACACCAGGACAUUAUUUCUACAUUAAGGAGGAUAUAUAAACGGACUUAUUAGACAUGAUACCACACUUCUGAAGAAGCCAACCUGGCGAAACGCGUUAAGUGGGACUACAUUUUAUGUUUUAUAAUAUUUUAUUUCUAUUUAGCUUGUUUAUAUUAAAGUAUACUUUUUAAAGUUACUUUUAUAUCCACUCCAAUCUUUUAUUUUACUUCCUGGAUCCUGUAUAUCCUUGGUGGGGAUUAUACCACCCAUGCUGUUUAUACUAGAGCAGGAUAUAUGCUCUAGAAAUUGUAAGUACAAUACUAUUUAAUAUUGGUCAUACCACUAGUACUUACUUCACCAUAUUGCUGCUAUUUUUUCCUUUCAUAUUUACUACGCUCACUGCAUUGUGGAAAUAUUCGUGGAAACUUCUACAAAUCCAAAGACGGGGAUUGUACCGUCCAGGCGUUCUUACAGCAGAGCUCUGUUAUAGCUCAUCCAUAUGUGAGUGGAUUGAACUUAGCCUUAUACUAUCUGCUCUAAAGAAUAUAUUUACUGUAUUGCACUAUUAUUUGUUUCUUAAUCUGUUCUCUUUGAGGUUACGAUCCGUUUGGAAUAUUCAAGAUAUAUGUAUGUAUAUUUCACAUAUAUAAAUUAGGCGCGGUAUACGUUUUUCUUUUUUCCACUAUUCACUUACAAGGUUUGGGAAUCCUUGUGUAUAUACUGCUGCCUGUUCACUAUAGCGAGCGCCUAUUAUCUUCUUUUUUUCUAUCAACACACUGACACAUACAGGUACGCAUAUACCAACACACAUACAGAUACACAGACACACAUGUAUAAGUGUGUGUCUGUGUGUGUUUGUAUAGUGAAUGCAGUGUGUGUGCCUGUAUAGUGGAUAAUGGUGUGAGGGAAGGGGUGAUGGUGCGGGGGUGAAGUGAGAGGGAGCUCAGGAGGGGGGGUGAGAAUGAGAGGGAGAGGGUGAUUGUGAGACAGUGAGAGGGAGGGGGUGAUGAGGGAGAGGGGGGAGGGUGAUGAGGGGGGUGAUUGUGAGAGGCGGGGUGAUUGUGAGGGGGAGGGGGGUGAUUGUGGGGGGUGAUGAGGAGGGGAUGCUGAUGAGAGGGGUAAUGAGGGGGGGGUGAUGAGGAGGGGUGAUGAGGAGAGGGGGUUGAUGAGGUGAGGGUGGUAGGUGGGUGAUGGUGUGGGGGUGAAGUUAGAGGGACGGGCCAUAGUGGGGGGUGAUGAGGGAGGGAUGAUUGUGAGGGGGGAGGGUGAUUGUGAUUGUGAGGGGGUGAUUGUGAGGGGUGAUGGGGAGAGGGAGGGGGGUGAGGGUGAUGGGGAGGGAGGGUGAUGGGGAGAAGGAGGUGGGUGGGUGAUAGUGUGGGGGGUGAAGUGAGAGGAAGGGGGUCAUAGUGCUCCCCCCCACAUACACACUGCCCUUGCCCAGACACAUACUGCCCCCCAUACACAAACACAUUACCCCCAUACACACAAUUGCCUACCAAAAACACACACUGCCCCUAAACACACAAUUACCCCCCAUACACACAAUUGCCCCCGUACAUACACACUCUGCCCCCAUACACACACACACAUUGACCCUCCAUACACACACACACUGUACCCCUCACACACUGCCCUACACACAUUGUACCUCUCACACAACUUGCCCCCCCACACACUGUACCUCUCACAAAUACACUGUACCUGUCAUAAAACCUGCCCCCACACACACACCACCCCCCAUACACUGCCCCACACACAUUGUACCACUCACACAACUUGCCCCCACACACACUGUACCUCUCACAAACACACUGUACCCGUCAUACAACCUGCCCCCACUCACACACGCCCCCCCCCACACUGUACCCCUCACGCACAAGCUGCCCCACAUACACACACACUGCAUGCCUCACACACGUGCACACUGCACCCCUCACACACACAUACUCCUCACAAACUACUGCCCCUAUCUCCUUCUGUAGCCCUUAUCCCAGCAGAUCUCAGGUAAGUUGUCAAACACUGCUUAAACAGUUUGACUACUUACUCUGGGAGGGCACAAUGGCACUACUGGCACCAUAACCCAUACAAAGUGAUUAUUGUGCCUGGAUUGUUUCUUUAAAUAAUCUAGCAGUGCCCCUCCCAUGAUUAGGUUCUGGAUCUGCGCUUGAAUGGCAAGCAUUACUGCCGAACAGGGGCCCAGUAUAUGCCACUGCGCUGUACAUAUAUACAACCUAGAACAUUUUAUGACUUUGGGCGCUUUGGAAAAAUAUUAAAUUAUUAAGGGCACUUGAACCGAAAAAGUUUUGGAAUCACUGCUGUAAUCCAUGAAUCUGUUUAGUAGCCCUUCCCUGAACUCUCCAAAGUAUCGAUAUCCUUCUGAAGAUACGGUCUCCAGUACUGCGUACAAUACUCCAAGUGAGGUCUCACCAGUGUUCUGUACAAUGGCAUGAGCACUUCCCUCUUUCUACUGCUAAUACCUCUCCCUAUACAACCAAGCAUUCUGCUAGCAUUUCCUGCUGGUCUAUUACAUUGUCUGCCUACCUUUAAGUCAUCAGAAAUAAUCACCCCUAAAUCCCUUUCCUCAGAUGUUGAGGUUAGGACUCUAUCAAAUAUUCUGUACUCUGCCCUCGGGUUUUUACGUCCAAGAUGCAUUAUCUUGCACUUAUCCACAUUAAAUGUCAGUUACCACAAUUCUGACCAUGUUUCCAGUUUACCUAAAUCAUUUGCCAUUGUAACCAGUAAGAUAUCACUUGAUAAAUACUGUUCUGUUUGAAAUUCUUUUUGACUGAAGAUGACUGGUGUUCACUAAUGACAACCUCAUAUUAUUCAUAAAUAUCUCCUACGUUUCUAAGUAAGUUAUAGUGAAGUCCCACUUAUGCCAAAGGUUCGUUUUGUUUAGGUUAUGCUUGGGAUUGCUGUCAAUUUAUUCUUGUUGGUGGACAGUUUCUUUGAAGACCUUGCUAAUAUUGUUGAGUUUGUGUUUAGCCUUCACAAGGUUACUGUUUAGUCUUCUUGAGUUUCUGUUUAGUAUGCACAAGCUUUUAAUUUAGUCUUGUUGAGUUCAAGGAUAGCCUUCACUAGCCUGGACUUUAUUCUUGCUUAAGUUAAGCUCUAACUUUGUUGAAUUUAAAUUUAAACCUGCUUGAGGCUGAGAAUUAUAUUUUCACUGGAUUUUGCCUGGCCAAUUAUGAAAAUACAAAUUCUCAGGAGUUAAUAUCUAUGUAUUAUUGCUCUCUUACUGUGUCUAGUUUUCAAUGACCAUGGUUUAGCCUAACCUGGUUGGGGGUUCCUUUAUGUAGUAUUAGUCAUUGGAGCUACGACUGACCUAUUUGUAGACUCUUGAGUUACUUUUAGAAAACUGAAUUGCUAUCAGUCUCAUAUGAUCACAUAUUUUGGACUGGGGUAAAUAUUUGACUGACAACCUGCCUAUUUGGGGGUCAUUUUCAAAAACGUGUGUCGAACUGUUACAUCUGGACUUACUGACUGAUUAGUCCUGCAAGUUGUGUAAGGACUCUCUAGUCAAAGGUGGUGUCAAUGGAUUCAUGUUAGAGUCAUCAGACUUCGUAUUAAAAAUUAUAGAUCAUUCUCCAAAGUCACGUCUAAUGGAUUUAGAUUAGGUUAGCUUUGGUGAUUGGGGUGCCAGUAAUGUAUUAAAGGUCAGUUCCACAAAUGUCUGUGUUCGUCCUACUGAUUGGGAAUUGAAAUGAAUAUAAUUGAUUAGCGUUUUUUGUUUGGAUGCCUAAUGUCACUGACUGGGGAUAAGUUUAACCAGACAUUAUAUUGAUGUUCUAAUAUACAAAAUAUACAGGGAACCAGCUGUGUUUUAGCACAUAAAGGGUGACACCCCCUAAAUCUGGGGUGCCAAUAUCCCCUCUGAGAACUCUGUUGCACUUGCUAUAACAGCUAGACGGUGUAGUAAAAAACAGUAACUCCAGCAGGGCUUAAUGUAAAAGUGGCUUUAUUUAAAAAUAUAAAUAAAUAAAAAAUUGAGGUUCUAUGCAUUUUCUCCCAUUCGGAACUUCCUCAGUGGCCAAUUUUAAAACGCAUGUACAGUACAAAUAGCAGAGUCCCACUUUAAAUUGCCACCUAUUCGACCUCAUUGGUCCUCCUGGGGGUGUGUACAUCUUGAAUGGAUGGCUUCCCUCACAGCUGUAUCUGGUAAAAGGAGUUCUCCUGGGCAUGCGCCGACUCCUACACAACCCUGCUGGGUUCUAGGUUUAAGCUGGCUCUCUCUCUAUUUUUUGUUUACUAGAUUGUCAUAUAGGAGGGAGACUUACUGGGAGGGCUCCUUUGGGGAAGCUGUAACAUAUUCCCACACCAGUAAAGUAUUUGGUUAUAUUGGUGGUGGGAAUAAUUUAUAUUUACAUUUAUUUUUGUGCAGAUAUCUUGAUGUGUACUGGCCCCAAUGACAGAUCAGGUAUUGGCCUGAUUCUCAAUGAUUUUAAUUGCCACUAGCUGGCCCAGAACACUGAUAGGGUCCAGUCUUUUGCUCAUGUUGGUUGUAGCCAGUUCCACUAUAGGAGGACAGAGGGGGUCUUGACAGGGCUUGGAGGCGGGCUUAGGUGGAGCACGGGUUGGUGAUUGACAGAUCUGGAUAUAAAUGUCGGCCAUUUUAUAACACCUCAUUACUAAUUGACUUACCAGGCUGAAUUGGUCCCUCCCUUCCUUUAGUGUUGGGUUUUAUUCUACCCGCUUGGUCACAGCGGCGGUCUAGUGGAAGGAAUGUUAAAGGGGUAAUGGGCCUGCUUAAGGAAGCGUAGAGCAAGAGUAGUGAGUUGGCUGUUUUCAGUAUGGACUGGUUACCUGUUGGUAAGAUGUUGGUGGUUUCGAGCUUGGUGGUAGCUCAGAACCCAGGUGGUGUAGGGGUAUCAAGGUAUACCCCUGCCAGGAUCGGGUGGAAAAUGUUGGAUCUUGUUUUUUUAUACUUAUGGAUUGUUAUACAAUGUUAUGUUAUAUAUGAUGGGUCAUUGCCUUGCGAAUUGAUAUGUGGAAAAUGAUAAUGAUGGAUGUCUGAGGAUGUGGGGGUGGGCAAUAACUUUAUGUUAUUUAUAUAUUAUCGUUAUUAUUAUAUAUUUUGAAUAAAAGCUGUGGACAUAUUGACCCAUACCCUAAAGUGUCCGUGUUUCAUUGGUGUGGGUUGGGAAAAAGGUAACGGUCAGCUCCUCCAGUCCAUAUUUGUGUCUGUGACAAUGCACCUGUCAAGACAUCGAGAAACCCUACAAACAAAAAGUCUGCAGACCUCAAUUUUAGCAGCCUGAAACAGGACGUUAAAUGUUGCAAAAACUCAAGACUUGAUGUAUAGAACCCCAAGGGUGAAGGGAGGCGGAUUCUGUAAGGAGAUGGGAAAUCAGGGAUAGAAAACAACAUUUUCUAAAUAUUUAGCCUAGUUAAAAUGGAACAAACUAGGGCGCUAACAUUCUAUGGCCUCGAUUUAAUAUUUUUGGGUAAGCUUUUCAAAUGAUUUUAUGUUUCUGGAUCAACUUUUAAAAUUAGUUUUUCAAAAAAAAUAAAAGAUUGAGACCAAGUGUUUAUAGAUUUGGUUCUAUAGAACUCGGAACCCAGACUUGACAUUUAAUACAAUACCAGCUCCAUUUUGCAUGUGUUUAUCGUAAAAGUGAGUUUGAAUGUUGCCAUAUGAACUAGUUUUGUCUGCCUUGUGUUAACUCACCCCGGAUUACGUUCAUCACAAGUUUGACACUCACAAAUUCACAAUAAACAUUGUGAUAGAAUAUUCGUUUUUCAAAGCCUUGUCUCUUUGCAAAUGCAAACGCAAACGAUGGACAAUAGUUCAAUGCCAUCUUCACAAACCUUAUCAGGGUGUGUAAGAGUAUGUAAGCGUCUGCAGAAGGAGAUGUAGCCGGUAAUUAUACUAUUGUAACGGCAUGUCAGUUAGGCAUCUAAUCCCUGAUGUAUCAAUAUAAAUAGUGCUGAAAUGACGCUCUGACAUUUUAAAGAGUACAUUGUAGCAUUGGCUAUUUAUUCUGCCUACCUUUUUACCAUUAUAAAUGCGAACUCUCGAUUAUUCAGAUUUACUGGUGGGAUUACAGAAAAAGCAUAACAGCUGAAUAAAUCUUCCUUGUCUAAAUGUUCAAAAUGCCUUUGCCUUAGCCGUAAUCUGUUUGAAUACAUUUAAAAUGUUGACGUAGAAGGCACAUUCUAAAUGUCUCUGAGAAAUAGGACUUGCAAUUAUGAGGCUGCGGGUGCUUGACCCAAGCGUCCUUAAAAGGCCUCACAAAAUAUGGCGUUAAAAAGGUCGCCAUUAAGGGAAAAGCCAGGAUUGAUAAAGGUAUUUGGGGGAUCGUUAGUGUUGGGGUAGCUUAGUUUACAAGGACUUAGUGAGUGUUUAUGGUUAGGUGGCGGGCUAAGGAGUUAUAUCCAGAGAUACUUGUACAACCUAGCCCUAAAUCCCAUUUAACCCUAAGCUGCAUACUUCUGACCCCACUCAAACCCUACGGAACCAGUACCGCAGACAUCCUUUUUAUUGUCCCAUUUGCUUUGUGAUAGCCCAAACCCUCAGAUUGAUAGACUACAUCUUCCCCAAUUCUUAAACAGGCAAAGAGUAAUGGGAGUUGUAAUCCAACAACCUUUGAGGGGACAGAGUUUGACAACCCUGAUUGAAUGAUGAUGUGUUCCACGGACCCCAGCUUUAUUAUUGUCUCAUGCUUUUUUUAUCCGUAGCUUUUUAAAUUAACUUUUUUUAAAUUCAUGGUUUUUACAAUAAACCAACUAGUUUCUUCCAUUCCCCCAUGCAGCACUGGGCCGAACCUCACAUUCUGCAUACAUCCUGACCAAACGGCUGUGUUCAGACAGGACUGACGGAAAGGAAGUGAUUAAGGCAUAAUAUUUACAGUCAGUUAUAGGAGUUUGCUGUGGGUGUGUGUGUGUGUGGGGGGGGGGGAGUUCUUACGGAGAGGAACGCCAGAAAAUCGACUUACAGGGGUUUAUUUGCCAAACACUGAAAUGUAGUGAACCAAAUUGGAAAAUGUAGCCAUAAAUAGCUGAUCAGAAAAAAAUAUCCAACACAACUACAAUAACAGUUUGACUAUUUUAGCCUAAAUGUGGUUAUCAUAUUUUUACUACUUAGCGAAUAAGCACCAGACUGUUAUUAUUUGCAGUGGCGGGGGUCCUAUACUGGUCACUAAUUGAGUUGCUUAUUUAGGGUUUAGUUCUUAACUCACUGCUCUCCCUUGAGCUAUAGCUCAGUCUCUGAUUCACCACCUCCUACAGCUUUGGGGUCUGUCUCUGAAUCAUCCUCCCCCCACCCCCCCCCCCCGCUACUCUGUGCAAAGUUGGGGGUCAGUCUAUGACUCAUUGUACUGAAAUUUCCCCCUAUGUCAGGUAAUACAGACAUUAUAUCCUGGGAAAUAUACACUCUCCUUGUAAACCUUAGUAAAUGUUUCUUCUAAUCUAAUCUUCACAUGUACAUUUUCUUUCUCAUUUUUUUUCUCUCUCACCCUUUUCUCUCCGUCUCUUUCUUUCUGCCCCUCCCUUCUUUGUAUUCUCUUUUAUUUUUCCUUUCCCUCACUACUGACAUUUUCCAUCCUGGUUCGCAUAUCCUGGAGCCGUCCAAGUGCCUUGUUUAAAUGCAAACAGCAGGCAGAGGUGAAGGCGCUGUGUUCUAGUAGUGUGCGUUGUGGGUGAGGAGUGUCUGCCUGUGUGUUUGUAAGUUAUAAGUUAUUUAAUAAAGUGUUGGAAUUUCAAAUUUUAUAUUGAAAAAGCCAAGUGAGAAAAGAAAAUAUCUUCACGUCAGUUUUAUUUUUCAUUUAAUAUUUUAGUGUAAAACUUCACUUUAAAAUCGUUUUCCUAGCACUAUAGUAGCCUGUAGUCUCAGCCGAUGUCACAGCCGUCAAUGCUUUCCUAUGGGGUUUUAGCCAACGCUGGAUUUCCUCAUGCAGAACUUGAGGACGUCCAGCGUCAGGUGACCAGAAUUCACCUAACGACCUGGAAGAGCAUCUACUGGUUGAUCAAUAACAGAGAUAAACUGACAGGGACUCUGCACCCAGACCACUUCAAUGAGCUGAAGUGGUCUGGGUGCCUAUAGUGUCCCUUUAAAGUCCCAACAAUUCAAACAUUGGUUAUUAGCGCUGCAAUCAGACAGCCAAACGUUGGGCCUAAAAUAUCUCAGCACAAGAUGCUAGGGUUGCCAACUCCACCAUCUUUUCCUGGACACAUCGUUAAUACGUAUUGAUGGGCAGCACUUGGAAAUGUUACUCAAAUGUUUUGCUUGGCCAAUCUGUAAUUGUGAGAAUUCAUGGUGAAUUGCAAAUGUAAGGCCAGAGUAGCUGAAUGGAAAGCAUAGCUGAAUUAGAUUCUUUUUUUUUCCAGUUCUGUUUGACUUUAAGUUUGACAUUCCGUUUGAAUUCAAUUUGAAUCCCCUGUUUAGUGAAUUACCUUGCAAAUGAUUAAUUAAUAACAAAGGUAUUCACUCACAAGGUGAGAAUUGCAGGGAAUGCAGAGUGAAUUGAAAGUGAAUUUCAAAUUGAAGACCAAAGUAGCCCAACUAAGAGCAUACGUGACUGGGAGAAUUCAUCCAAUUCAGUUAUUUUAAACUUAAAUUUGAAAUUCACUUUGAAUGUGCUUUGAAUUUUCUGCAAUUCUCACGUCAGCUCCUUGACUUGAAGUAUUGAUGGUGGAUCCAUAUCUGCAUAUUCCUUUACAUAACUGGCCCUAUUUGGGCUUAAAUCCAUCUGCCUCCCCCUUCUAUCCUGUAUUUUUUUAUUUAUUUAUAUAUAACUGGUAUUUAUAAAGAGCAAAACAUAUUUUGCAGCGCUGUACAAUGGGGAAAAAAGACAAUAAGAACAGACCGAUACAACAGGUAGAGGGCCCGCCCGUGAGCUUACAAUCUAAAGGUAAACUGUGGAGGUGAGACAAAAGGUAACAGAGGAAUUUGUAUGACAUUGCAUAGAGAGUUAAUGGUAUCACUGUAGCAGCUAAUAGCAUGUGAUGCCCCUCUUUUCCAGGAGCUCCAGACUGUUGGUGUGUAUAACAGAGCUCCACAGCAGUAAUACUCCCAGUAAUGUGAGUGUAUAACAGAGCUCCACAGCAGUAAUACUCCCAGUAAUGUGAGUGUAUAACAGAGCUCCACAGCAGUAAUACUCCCAGUAAUGUGAGUGUAUAACAGAGCUCCACAGUAAUAAUACUCCCAGUAAUGUGUCUGAGUGUAUAACAGAGCUCCCAGUAAUGUGUGAGUGUAUAACAGAGCCCCACAGCAAUAAUACUCCCAGUAAUGUGGCUGAGUGUAUAACAGAGCUCCACAGCAAUAAUACUCCCAGUAAUGUGUCUGAGUGUAUAACAGAGCUCCACAGCAAUAAUACUCCCAGUAAUGUGUCUGAGUGUAUAACAGAGCUCCACAGUAAUAAUACUCCCAGUAAUGUGUCUGAGUGUAUAACAGAGCUCCACAGCAAUAAUACUCCCAGUAAUGUGUCUGAGUGUAUAACAGAGCUCCACAGCAAUAAUACUCCCAGUAAUGUGUCUGAGUGUAUAACAGAGCUCCACAGCAAUAAUACUCCCAGUAAUGUGUCUGAGUGUAUAACAGAGCUCCACAGCAAUAAUACUCCCAGUAAUGUGUCUGAGUGUAUAACAGAGCUCCACAGCAGUAAUACUCCCAGUAAUGUGUCUGAGUGUAUAACAGAGCUCCACAGCAAUAAUACUCCCAGUAAUGUGUCUGAGUGUAUAACAGAGCUCCACAGCAAUAAUACUCCCAGUAAUGUGUCUGAGUGUAUAACAGAGCUCCACAGCAAUAAUACUCCCAGUAAUGUGUCUGAGUGUAUAACAGAGCUCCACAGCAAUAAUACUCCCAGUAAUGUGUCUGAGUGUAUAACAGAGCUCCACAGCAAUAAUACUCCCAGUAAUGUGUCUGAGUGUAUAACAGAGCUCCACAGCAAUAAUACUCCCAGUAAUGUGUCUGAGUGUAUAACAGAGCUCCACAGCAAUAAUACUCCCAGUAAUGUGUCUGAGUGUAUAACAAGCUCCACAGCAAUAAUACUCCCAGUAAUGUGUCUGAGUGUAUAACAGAGCUCCACAGCAAUAAUACUCCCAGUAAUGUGUCUGAGUGUAUAACAGAGCUCCACAGUAAUAAUACUCCCAGUAAUGUGUCUGAGUGUAUAACAGAGCUCCACAGCAAUAAUACUCCCAGUAAUGUGUCUGAGUGUAUAACAGAGCUCCACAGCAAUAAUACUCCCAGUAAUGUGUCUGAGUGUAUAACAGAGCUCUACAGCAAUAAUACUCCCAGUAAUGUGUCUGAGUGUAUAACAGAGCUCCACAGCAAUAAUACUCCCAGUAAUGUGUCUGAGUGUAUAACAGAGCUCCACAGCAAUAAUACUCCCAGUAAUGUGUCUGAGUGUAUAACAGAGCUCCACAGCAAUAAUACUCCCAGUAAUGUGUCUGAGUGUAUAACAGAGCUCCACAGCAAUAAUACUCCCAGUAAUGUGUCUGAGUGUAUAACAGAGCUCCACAGCAAUAAUACUCCCAGUAAUGUGUCUGAGUGUAUAACAGAGCUCCACAGCAAUAAUACUCCCAGUAAUGUGUCUGAGUGUAUAACAGAGCUCCACAGCAAUAAUACUCCCAGUAAUGUCUGAGUGUAUAACGAAGCUCCACAGUAAUAAUACUCCCAGUAAUGUGUCUGAGUGUAUAACAGAGCUGCACAGCAAUAAUACUCCCAGUAAUGUGUCUGAGUGUAUAACAGAGCUCCACAGCAAUAAUACUCCCAGUAAUGUGUCUGAGGGUAUAACAGAGCUCCACAGCAAUAAUACUCCCAGUAAUGUGUCUACAAUAAAUGUGUUUAGAAAUCAGUCUGUGUGAAUAAGAAACAUUGUUCUUGUUCUGAACAUUGUGUUGUAUAAAUUCACCUGAUAUUUCACAGAACAGCCCCACCCCUUGUUACACCCCCACUCACACCCCUGAAAUUAAAGUUUCCCUCUUAGUCUGUUUAAAAUAAAUGUUGGGAGGUAUGAAGGAUCUGACACAAAAUGUCCUAUUGUUUCUUGUUUUGUUUAGAGUUUCUGCAGCUGACAGACACAGAUAAAUGAUCUGUUCAAUAGCAUCUUGUUGGCCUAAAACCCAGGAUUUCCCUGUGACUCAGACAAACAAAAAAAUGGACAGCGCACAAGACAUUCAAACUCUUCCAUAUGGACCGUAGACCAUUACAUACGCUCAUAUCUCUCUGUUCUUUUUGCUGGCUUGCAACUCUUCUUUGGCAGCUAUAAUCAGCCGUGCUCCAACUUGUCAUUUUUAUUGUUCUGCUUUCACGGCCACUCACAUCACUCUCAGCCAGCCGAGCUAGCCGAGAGUGAUCGGAGUUCCAGCACAGCUAAAGAGCAGUCAGUGAUUGGCUAGUUUUGUUUUAGUGUCUUUGAGUUUGUGUGUGACUGCAAUUCUAGGUAUGUCACAUUUCGGCAGCGUUCGUAGAAAGCACUGCAGGCUGUUAUAGCUCCUCGGGUGUAAUAUUUGUAUAGACACGCAUCAACCUGGCCGGCAAACGAAGCUGAGGUCUCCAAUCCAGAAUCAAAAAAAUUUGUAGUAGCGUUGCAAUACAAUUGAUGCCAUAAAUAUAUUGUUAUCGACGAAGACCUAGUCUGGAGAACAAAUGUUGCCAAGUGCCCUUUUGUGUCGAUGGAAUAGGUAUCCUAAUUGUCCCCAGUCUGGUGGAGCUGCUAUUAAUUUUGUAUUUUUUCCCCCCAUAUUAGAGGGGAGGAUCUUGGGAGAUUUUAUAGUGUUUAUGGUUUGUAUUUUUACUUUGUGUUUUGGUCUGUUUACAAUCUUUUUCAAUGGGCAGAAGGACUUGUAAACUUUGCAAAUCCUAGAAUCGGCUUCAUCAUAAUCAUUGUUGUAAAAAAAUAAAUUUAAAAAAAGCCUUUGCACCUAUAAGUCAGUAUAGGAAAAGGAUAAGAGACAGAAACAGUGUUUCUAUUUGUCUACCUCAUUUGCAUUGUGUGCCCUCGCUGUGCCUAGACUUAACUGGAAUGUGAUUUGCUAAAUCUUUAAUACAAUUCUAAAAGAAAACAGAGCAUUGACAUGCAUUCUUAUUUUUAUUUUAUUUUUAAAUUUAUUCCAUGGUGUAAUAUCCAGAUAAACGACAGUCCCCUUUUACAGUGCUAUAAAUUAUUGAAAGUCUUGUAUCUUUAUGAAAAGUUAUGGAAAACCUUCUUUUUCCGAUCAUCUUCAGUGGGUCAAAAUGGGUCUUGGGGACUUGUCUUGUUUUAUUUGGCCACCAUCGGUGUUUGGGAAGUUAUUCAAACUUGCUGCUUCCGUCUGUUUGUUUUUAUGGGUGUCCUCGGGAUUUAAACACUGUAAUUCUUUUUCAGGUCAGUGGGAUAACACAAACAGCCACUUACUGGCGGCCUUUACUCAACCAGCAAGUCUCUUUCAUGUUCCUUCACAAUAGUAUGGUGGCAAUGUGUCUUUUUUAAUGUUGUCAGUGGAAUGAUUGCUUUUCUGUAGAAAUUAGAGAAUCUCGUUUCACCGUGUGUCUCAGGUCUCUCCCAUUUCAGUUCCCCCUCCCCUUAACUGGCCCUGCUGCAGUCACAAGCUCACUGUUCCCAGGGGCUCUCUCCCUUAAAGGGACACAACAGGCACCCAGAUCACUUCAUCUCAAUGAAGUGGUUUGGGUGAUGUGUCACUCCCGUUUUUAACUCUGCAAUGUAAAAUAUUGCUGUUCUGCACGAAUGACAAUUUUUACAUUGGAGGGUUUAAAUGCUUCUAAUGGCUGUCACACUGACCGCCACUAGAGGUGCCUUCACACAAAUAUAUUUUCAAUUAGAUCAGUGGUUCCCAACCAAGUCCUCAAGUACCUCCUACCAGUCCAGGAUUUAGGGAAAACCCAGUGGUGUCUAAGGUGUUUUUAGAAAGGGAAAAAAACCCACUUUAGACACACCAGGGUAAUCCCUAAAUCCUGGACUGGUAGGGGGUACUUGAGUACUGGGCUGGGGACUCUUGAACUAGAGGCUUUCAUAGAGACCACUUGAUUGCCUCAUUAUCCUCCCCAUGCUUUCCUAUAGGAAGGCAUCAGAAUGGGAUACAAUUUGUACCAUUUGUAUUCCUAAUGCUAUAGGGUUCCUUUUAGUUAAACACUCACGUUUUGGCGCUCACAAUCCUGUCAAAGAUGAGUUAGCAAAACUUUAAUGGAAUGUUUAGCAGAGUCAACAUAAAAAAAAGACUAAAAACUACUUGAUCCUGUCAGCUAAUGGGCUGGUUAUACGCAGCAGAGCUUAGCUCAGGAGAACUGACCACGGGCCCCCAGUAAGCUUCAAACUGUUAUCAGUUUGACUAAAUUACAUUAACGGGUGCCAGGGCACUCCUUGCUCCAUACCCACGACAGUGCACUGUUGUGAUUAUGGUACUUAGUGUUUCUCUAAUACAGUACCAAAUAAGCACUGUAACCAAAUUUAUUACGUGAUAACAGAACAGAUACAUUGCCUUUUCCAGUAUUGUGUACAUGUGUAAUAUCCAUAUAUAACAUAAUAGGUUGAUUACACACCUCUCACAUAUUAGCAACAUCAUUUCACUUGGCUGUCAUUGAACUCAUUUACCCGAAUAAUCAGAAGUGUAUGCAGUUAAACAGCAUAGGGAUGCACAGUCCAUUGCCUGCCAAUGUCUUUCUAAAGCUUCAUAUGUAAUUUACAUUCAAUUAACGGAGAAGGAGAUGAGAACUUCUAAAGUAAACACAUCAUGCUGUAAGAUCAUUUUGAAAACUAAAACAUUUUUAAUGGAGGCUGUUGUGGUCACAGCCAGGGGAGGUGUGGCUAGGAAUGUAUAAAUUGAAACAAAAUCAAUUUGACUCCUGAAUGACAGAGAAUUGAGCAGUAAGAAACUGCUUCAUUAAAGGACCACUAUAGGCACCCAGACCACUUUAGCUCACUGAAGUGGUCUGGGUGCCAGGUCCAUCUAGGGUUAACCCUGCAGCUGUAAACAUAGCAAUUUCAGAGAAACUGCUAUGUUUACAUUAGGGUUAAUCCAGCCUCUAGUGGCUGUCUCAAUGACAGCCGCUAGAGGCGCUUCUGCGCUUCUCCGUGUGAUUUUUCUCAGUGAGAAGGCGCUGACGUCCAUAGGAAAGCAUUGAGAAAUACUUUCCUAUGGACUGAUUGAAUGCGCGCAUCGGAAGAGGGAGGAGAAUCCUCAGCGCCAAGGGAGCCUGGCGCUGGAGAAAGGUAAGUGUUUAACCCUUUAACCCCUCUUGAACCCGGCGGGAGGAAGGCCAUGAGUGUGGGGGGGACCUAUUAACACUAUAGUGCCAGGAAAACGAGUUUGUUUUCCUGGCACUAUAGUGGUCCUUUAAGCUAAAGUUGUUUGGGUGCUCAGGGUACCCCUUUAAUUUUGCGUUAUUAUCGAACUUGACGAGCAUUACCAUCAGUAAAAUGGUUUGUGAUCACAUUAAUAAGUGUAGAGCGAUACCAGCCAAAAGUCAGAAAAGAAGUGAUGCUGGAUUGCAAUUUACAGUUAUCUCUUUUCCAUAGCUCUGGUCUCGCUGCUAUAUCUGUAUCACCCCUGUCUCCCCAUGUCUCUAUUUUAUCUGAAUGUCUCUCUUUCUGUUUUGUGUCCCUGGGUCUCCUCUCACCCCAUAUCUCAGGCUGUGCGCUGGAUAUACACAUUGCUCUGGUUAGAAGAGCUGGACCUUUCUAAGCUUUGAGCAGCUGCUCCUUUGAUUUGAUGCCAGUUGGACCUGCCACCCGUGUCUGCCUCAUAUUGCUCUCUCCAGCCGGGAGACAUCUUUCCAAUUCCUCUUACUUUUGAACUUUGGGAGAUUUGUGUCCCGGAAACCUGCCAUUCAAACGUAUUUCUCCCUCCCAAAUUGAUCGUUUAAUUAUUUAUACUGUGCUGACAUUGUCUGCUUGCUUUUCUUAUAUGACGUGUGGACUGCAUUAUGUACUUGCAGGCUUAUUUACUAACGUGACAAUUCAAAGUAAAUCUCAAAUUUAAGGUGCAAGAACAGAAAAUGAGCUUAGAGAAUUCUUCCUGUUGGGCUAGUUUUUUAAAUCUGUUUUGUAUGGCCAGAGCAUAACAUAGCUGUGCUGUACAUCAAGUGUGCAUGGUAUGGCUGUACUUUACAAACUGCAGGAUGUACUAUGAUUCUGGUGUACACAGUAUGAGCGGGGCUUUAUUCCUGGUGUACACAGUAUGAGCAUGACUUUAUUCCUGGUGUACACAGUAUGAGCAUGGCUUUAUUCCUGGUGUACACAGUAUGAGCAGGGCUUUAUUCCUGGUGUACACAGUAUGAGCAUGACUUUAUUCCUGGUGUACACAGUAUGAGCAUGGCUUUAUUCCUGGUGUACACAGUAUGAGCAGGGCUUUAUUCCUGGUGUACACAGUAUGAGCAUGACUUUAUUCCUGGUGUACACAGUAUGAGCAUGGCUUUAUUCCUGGUGUACACAGUAUGAGCAGGGCUUUAUUCCUGGUGUACACAGUAUGAGCAUGCUUUAUUCCUGGUGUACACAGUAUGAGCAUGGCUUUAUUCCUGGUGUACACAGUAUGAGCAGGGCUUUAUUCCUGGUGUACACAGUAUGAGCAGGGCUUUAUUCCUGGUGUACACAGUAUGAGCAGGGCUUUAUUCCUGGUGUACACAGUAUGAGCAGGGCUUUAUUCCUGGUGUACACAGUAUGAGCAGGGCUUUAUUCCUGGUGUACACAGUAUGAGCAGGGCUUUAUUCCUGGUGUACACAGUAUGAGCAGGGCUUUAUUCCUGGUGUACACAGUAUGAGCAGGGCUUUAUUCCUGGUGUACACAGUAUGAGCAGGGCUUCAUACCUGGUGUACACCGUAUGAGCAGGGCUUUAUUCCUGGUGUACACAGUAUGAGCAGGGCUUCAUACCUGGUGUACACCGUAUGAGCAGGGCUUCAUACCUGGUGUACACCGUAUGAGCAGAGCUUCAUACCUGGUGUACACCGUAUGAGCAGGGCUUCAUACCUGGUGUACACCGUAUGAGCAGGGCUUCAUACCUGGUGUACACCGUAUGAGCAGGGCUUCAUACCUGGUGUACACCGUAUGAGCAGGGCUUCAUACCUGGUGUACACCGUAUGAGCAGGGCUUCAUACCUGGUGUACACCGUGUGAGCAGGGCUUCAUACCUGGUGUACACCGUAUGAGCAGGGCUUCAUACCUGGUGUACACCGUAUGAGCAGGGCUUUAUUCCUGGUGUGCACAGUGUGAGUAAUGCAUUAUUACUGGGGAACACUGUAUGAACAGAGGUUUAUUCCCGCUGCACACAGCAUGAGCUAAGCUAUAUCCCAGGUGUGCGCAGUGUGUGCUGUGUCCAACCACUGUGCGCACAGUGUGAACUGUUCUACAUUCCUGUUGCACACAAUAUGUGCUGAGCUGUGCUCUGCUUCUAGUGUACGUAAUGGGGGCUGGGCUUUACUGGUGCACACAGUGUAGGCUGUGCUUUAACCCAACUAUGAUAAAGCAUGAUGCACACCUGUUGCACGCAGCGUGGGCUGUAGUUUAACCCUAGUGCACUUUCUGUGAUAUAUACUGUUUUCUGAGUGCAUACAGCAUUGAUAUUUCUGGGCGUCCUGUGUACAGUAUUUAAUGUGCUUAUUAUAUGGGCUUUGCUGUACCCACAGUGUACGCAUGUUAAAAUGUGAGUAUUCUUGGUAAGCACACACUGAUUAGACUGACAUUCUGUGCUGCACUCUCGUUGCACAUACCAAGUGAUGUGCUCUUCUGACUCACCAAUAGAAGUGACUGCUCCAUUCUUACCCUGCACUCCUGGCUUCUGCAGCCAAACAUAUAACUCCUCUAACGUUUUCCUGGUUUGCCUACUCCUCUCCCAUUUGCUUGGGACUGUCACUAACCAGCCAAUCCAGCUUCCAGGUCUCCUGCCGGCUCUCCUAAAGAAUUAACCAAUUCCUCACCUUCCAUGUACCUCGAACAAAGUGUUCUGUACCGUGAAGUAGAAGUACUGUUUAUUACAUAUGGGUUCCGUUAUGUACAUGUGUGUGUUGUAAAAAUUCAAAUAUCCCCUUUAGAUGUAAUCUAUUAAACUCUGCGUUCUGGAGGGAGGCUGUCUGAAUCCAAUUGUUAUGUAAUACUAGAUUUGCCAGAUCUUUCUCUUACUAAGGAAUAUGGAUAAAAGAGUGCAUGCUGCCCGGUGGUAUUAUAUCUUGUACCUGGCUGAAGAGUUCAUUUUCCACAAUUGUCACAAUUAAUCCUUUGGGUGCCAUUGGUGUGAGAAUGACUUUGCAAAGUAGUAAUAGAUUGUGUGCCAGAAGAGCUGAGCAAAAUGUGCAGGUUUAGAGUAUUUUUGGAAAAUUCUAUCACUUGCACUCAGUUAAUAUGUAGCUCACCAGCUAUUGUGCAAUUAUAACUCGUGUAAACCUUAACCAGCCGCAAAUGAAAUUAUUUCCGUUUAACUUGAUUACAGAGCAUUGUAAAACAUGUAGUCCUACCCCAAUGGAGGGAGACCUGCAGUGUAACCUAGAGCUGUUUGAAUUCUGAUUUAACCCUUUGAAUACCCAAGGUAUACCCAAUUCAUUGUGUGAGACCUCUGGCACUCAGAUAAUCCAGGUGCAUAAUCAAGGCCUGUUUGUCUAUUCCACUGCAGAUGUUUUGGACUACACCUCCCACGAUGCUUUGCCAGCAUUACAGGUGUAAGAGCAUUAUGGGGGAUGUAGUCCACAACAUCUGGAGUGCCGAAGGUUGCCUACCCCUGCUCUAGGAUCUGUAUGCUAGCAAACAGGGAGGGGUAAAAGGCUUAUUGUGUUUCCCUUUUAGUAAUGAUAAUAAUUUAAUAUAUUGCACCUUCCAACAGUCACAGCUCUCAUGGGACGUUCCUGAUUUAGAACCCGUAUUCACUUGUUUUAAGUUAUUAUCUAGAGUCGGAUGGAACGCACAAACAAACCAAUGAGAGUUUGUAAAGUGCUUGUGUGGGACAUUAUCAUAAAAACAUCCAUGCACAUAUACCCCAAUUUAAGCCAUGGGCAUGCUGUAUCUUGGUAUGACACUGUGGCGAAAGUAACCUCACCACUAGCUUUUGGAGGAGCCUGUUUGCCAGCCCCCUACCCUGUGACUAUGGCCCCUGUAAUAGAUUAUGCUUUUUGGACUUGGACAGUAACCCUUCGAACUUCCAAAGUGUUUCCAAGCGGCACUUUGAACUUCAGAACGGUCGAAGUGGUUCGAAUUGACAUUCAUACACGUGGAAGCAAAAGCGACCAUCUUAAGCCACGAGUACAAUGAGCGGUAUUUGGUCGUCAAGUUCAUGGAACUUAAAUCGGACACUCAACGACACGAACAUUGCUAACUAUUUACCUUCCAUGGAUGUUCGGCUAUUUGAACGGGGGUUGAACAGCGUUUGGUAAGAAUAAACACCCGAAGGAAAGACAUAGACUAAGUGCCAGAUAAACUCUCUACGUUCUGUAUUUUUAUUGCACUUUGAAUCCCCGAAGUAGACCGACCGCACAGCCUAAUUCUCUGGAAUUGUUUUGGGCAUGGGGCCAUGCAUGCGGUCAGUCAAAAUGUCACUUCCAGGAAAUUCCUGAACCCCUGAACUGAUCUGGAUGAUUUUUGGAUGUUGGUCAUUCAGAUCAGGGCUAUCACGGGAUGUGACAUCUGUGAGAUAUUAUGUGUUUUGGGGGUACUUUUGGGGUUUUAUAAUAUAGUUUUUUUUUCCUGCCUGGAGAUAAUUGAGUUAUUACAGUAUCUGACUCCAUUAUCUCCCAGGCAGAGGGGAGGGAUUGUGUGCUGUGUGUGGGAAUGUCAUGCCUUGUAACCCUGUUGUUAUUGGCUUGUAAUUUUGUACUGUAGUCUAACAUCAAGUCCAUGUGGGCAUACCCUUUGCAUGGGCAUUGUCAUAUAAGGCCAAGUGUGGCACAAUUAACAUCAGUUCUUCUUCACCCUGAACAUAGAGCCUCGUCUCAUGUGUGGAGGGGACAGCUAUAUUCACUCUGGGGAUUGCUAAACUCAUUAUACUCCCCUGGGUUCUAAUCACUAGCUCUUAUAAGAUCUGUUCCUGCUAUACUCUCUGGAGUAGGAGAGGUUCACCAACUGGAAGUUGGAUCCUGGUCUUGGGUCCAGGGUGGGUGGAGGUGGAGGACGGCGAGACCCCAGCCAACCUGCGGAAGCUAAGGGGCUACAGUGCUGAUGGUGUCUGGUGGAGGGCUUGGAGUCCUCGAUGAGCACUAGGAGCAUCGUUUGACGGAGGCACCUGGUCGGGGUGCCAGGGGGUCCAUCACAGACACUAGUCAUAAAAUGACAUUAAAUAGAUACGUUGUGUCUCUCUUUAGCAUGGCUUUGCUUAUGCUAGGCUACUGUCCAACCUGCCACCAGUCUCAACAAAUCCUGACGUGAAUCCAUUGCCUAGUUAUAACAAACGUGCAUAGUGUUACAUGUAUUCUGUGACUUCCUAAGAUAUUAUCAGGACAUGACCAUGCUAAGGGGUAGAGAAACGUGGAGUGAUGCCACCAAACCUAGCCAUCUGUAGGUGUACCUCAGGGUAGGAUAUUAAAAUCACAGACAGGGGCAACAAAAUAUAGAUUUUGUAGCCCAACAACUGGCAAAGGGCUACAGCGGUACAGCCCUGUGUCUUUUGCAUAUGAAAUUAUGCCCAAAUUGUAUUUCCAAUUUUCUCUUAUCUGAUUGCAAUUUCUCUUUUUCUGUUCCAGCACUUCUCGGAGGCCCUCGAUGAUUUUUCCAAUGAGUUAUUUAACAGUUUUUUCGAUGAUCCACCGCUGCUGGACCGGGAUGCUCUGCUCGACAUGGACGUAGAGAGUCCAGCACCAGCCAUUCAGGUGGAGCACAGCUACUCCUUGAGUGGAGAUUCAGCCCCUCAAAGCCCAGCGUUCACUAUCAAGGAGGAAGAUGAAGAGUGUCCAAACGGUGAGUGAGUUAUAUCUAAUUAGCCAUGUACAUGUAUAAGUGUCAUCUACACUGGAGCAGUAUUCUGUAAAUAACUCUCCGAAAUAAGUCACGUUAUAAAAAAAAGUGCUCAGCAAACCAUUGCAAAUGUUUUCUUGUAGUAGACUGAAAUUUUUAAAGUUUUUAAGAAUGUGUAGCUUAGAAGUUGUCACAGAAGCUGAUUCUUCCAUCCGAGAAACCAUGACCACUUCUUCUAAUUUAAAUUGUCUGGGUGCCCCAGCCUUGUCCUCUCAACCCAGUUUUAUAGAAACUGCAAUAUUGACAUUGCAGGGUUAAAUCCACUUUUAGUGGCUGUCAUGCUGAGGUGUUUCUGCUGGUCACGUGACGUGGAAGCCCAUAGGAAAGCAUUGAAUACAAUUAUUUCUUAUGGGGAAUUGAAUGCGCUCACUGCUCAGAUACAUUAGGUUGUCAAUUGCUCCUCUAUGACACCAUGCCUCCUCCAUGGCGUCACGGGAGGUGGAGAGAUGAGCAGUGCCGAGGGAGCCUUUGUACUCAAAAAAGGUAAGUAAAUCAUUGAUUAUUUUUUAUGGAAAAUGGGGCGGGUGGGGACCUUGAUACAUUAAGGGACAGGGGCACUAUAGCUUUGAGAAUAAAGGUUUGUAUUCCUAACGCUUUAAACGCCUGACUUCUGUAAAAAGCUCCUCCAAUAUUGACAUGCAUUAGUCUCACCAGUAUGGACUACCAUACGUAUUACAUCUGGGGAUUCUAGGAAAUGAAUGACAUCAUCAGCAGAUGGUGCAAAAUCUUGUGUCUGGGUUACUGACUAAUCAGACUCGCACUUGUCACAUAACAACCACCCUCGGCUCUCUGCACAAGUUGCCUGUAAAGUGAUGAAUACACUGUUGUCUUGCCGAUUUUUAAAGAUCUACGGAGCCAGGACCUCGGAUGAUUGAAGGAGUCCUUGGUUCCCGUUUCAUCUAGAACUGGGAGUACCAGGAAUUCAUGUCAGAAUAUUUUAUAUCUGGUUUCUAUUAAUACUGCUCUAAAUCAGUGGAGCUCUCUCUCCCAGCUCGUCUAAUGGAAAUCUCUAAAGGAGACUCCAAAUGAAUCACUAAAUCAUUAAUCACUAACAUCAACUUAAGCGCAGGCUUCUGAGAAACAUCGAAAGCCUAACUUUUAAUACCUGGACAUAAAUCUGUAAAUAUACAGGUCCGACUAGGAUAAGAGCUCUGUUUACAUUGAUUUGGUUGAACUUGAUGCACUUUAAUCUUUUUUUCAACCUAGAUUACUUUGUAACUAUGUAACUAUAUCCAGGCGGCCCACGGGAUGCUGCUUAUUGUAGCAUCACCGCUUUUCCCAGCACUGAGGCCAUUUUAACAACAGAGAAAAUCUAAUGAAAAUGUUUUUUUUUUUUUUUUUUUAGAAUGUAUUUAACAUUUUUUAUAUUAAUCAAUAGGGCAUAAAAACGGGAUGUCGCAGGUUCUACUUUGUCCUGACUUUCAGUCACAGCUUCUUCCUGCUCCCAGGAUAUAUAGAUCCAGAAGGAGAGAGUGUGUCAAUGACUGAGCAGUUAACCUUUGUAAAGGGAAAAUAACAUAAAAGCAUGUCAGGACUUAUUAUACGAGGAAAACAAAAAGAAUUAACCUAGGGCCAAAAUUUAGAUAUCACAAGGUAGAGGGCACAAAAAAGGGGGGUAACCCCUAAAUGGUGAAUAUCAUAGGGAAUAAACAAAAAAAGAAACAAAUGCCAUUCUACCUGUGUAUGAUUUACUGAGAAGAUUGUAGAUUAAAAAGUAACUUUUAAUAAAUAAAUCUAAAAUAAGAAUAUAAAAAAGAAAAAUAAUAUGAACAGCAGGAGUAAAUGGAGACUAUACAGCGAGUAAAACUCUGUGACUACUUAUAUAAGCUGUAAAAGUGUAUACAUAAUAACACUAAUGCUGAAGCAAUACUGUUUAGCUACAAUAUAACAUCAGUGUAUUCCCAAGUAAUAGAAGUGAUACUAUAUUAUAUAUCACUAAUAGCUGUAGCAAAAAGGGGGGGGGGAGAUAAGACAACUGCUAAACCAGUGCUGUCAAUAGUUCAGCUAAGACAGAUUUCUGACAGACGGCGAUUAGCCAGUUAAAUAUCACAAAAGCUGCCUAGAUCAUAGCAGCAUUUUGAUAAUAAAUUAAAGCUUGCUGUCAAGCAGUAAAGUGUAAAAUAAGGGGUUGCUGACCUGGCUCCGUUUUUUUCCUGCAAGAUACCUAGCAGUAUAUUCUAGUGUAACAACAGCUGCCUGCACUGAAUGAUGUUAACUUAUGCUUGACCACAGUGGAGCACAAAGUAGUAGCUCACCUGUGAAAGACUGCUGACAGGCAGCAGUUAACUGGUUAAAAAUCACACAAGUUGCCUAAAUGCUAGCUGCAUCUAAAUAAUAGGUCAAAGUAUAAAGAGAGGGUUUACAAACAGUUUUGAACAGGUUGCCUAGGUAGUAGAAAAUAUACAGACAGUGACAGAGGAAGGCAUAUAGAAUAAAGAUUCCUGAGUCUUGUGCCUUCGAGGGCACCCCUUAAUAAAAUGCCUAGUCUUAUCAAUCUCCCCCCAUACACAUAAUAAAGGAAAAAGAAAGAGAAAUAAAGUAUGUACAGAGUACACAAAAUUAGUGUUAAGAGUCUCUUGUCAGGACUUCCAUACAAAUAAAAUGCACGGCUCACAUGUUCAAAUAAAAUUAACUUAUUAUUUGCAUCUGAAUACAUGGGAGCAAAAACAACAAUGAUCUGGUCAAAUAUGAGUGAGAAUGAUAAGUACUUUGAGUAUAGACUUGUGCCCUGUGGCAAAAAGGCAGAUAUAUAUCUCUCAUCAGGGCAAGAUGAGGAUAUAAUCUAAUCCAGGCUUCCCCAAACUCUGGCCCUCCAGAUUUUGCUGAACGACAACUCCCAUGAUUCUCAGCCUUUCUAUUUAAUUCAUAGAAUCAUGGGAGUUGUAGUUCAGCAACAUCUGGAGGGCCGGAGUUUGGGGAAGCCUGCAUCUAAUCCUUUCAACAUCAGCAUUUGAAAAGCCUGGUAUAUUCAUUAAAUAAAAAUAAAAACAAACAAAAUACAACUGAAUGUGGAACAAGCUGUCACAAGUUGCUCCCUCUAGAAAAUUAUCAAUAAAACUCACUUGUCUGAAGAGAAAUGACUGAAGGGGCACUGCAGGUUGGAUUUGACCUAUUCUGUUUUAAUGAAUUCUAUAAAUAAUGAUUUCAAAUGUUGGGGGCUAGCCAGAAAGGCUGCCUUUCACUCUAGUGUGUUCACACAUCCCUUCUGUGGGCUGUCCUGGCCCCUUUUACACCCCACUUGGGCGGGAGAAAAGUAAACUUAACAUUACAGUACAUAGUAAACGGGUAAAUAUUGCAGGUCGAAGGAACGUCGGGCUUAAGGAGCAAAACAAAUUAUUCUUUUUAGAAGAUUAGUUAGGAAAAAUAGUGAUUUGUUAGACUAGCUAGCUGUAUGUUAACAUGCAGACAGCCCCAAACAUACACGGAGUGCCCCGUUAUGGGAACAUAUCGCUAACAAAUCCAGUGCACUAUAUAAUUUCCUUGUUAUCACAUACUAAUUACGGCAAGGAGUGGUGUACGCCCUAGGCAGUAAUGAAUAUUAACAUCUUCCCUUUGAAAAGAGAUUAGCUGUUCACUAUUGCUUUAAUAGACACAGGUGUUCUCAUGGUAGUUAAUUCUAAUUCAUGUAAAUCAGGUUCCUCUGCAAACUUGUGUCUUUGUGCCCUCACUCCUUGUGUCUCCCCUUUGUUAAUCUUGGCAAACUGGUCCCAGAUUUCUUUGGUAGGGUGCGUAGAUGUUUAGUAGUUUCUGCCAAGUGGAGUACCCUGUGUAGUUAGAUAUGGGACCACUACAGGGCGCCAUAUUCUACACAUGUGUUGCUUGUACUCCCUACCAAGACUGAAUGAAGGUCUGAAGUGCAGGGAGUUCGGAAACAGCUCAACAUCUGCCCGGCUAAAAGGUAUCCAGUGGUAAAAAGUGUACCCUGCAGUGAUGCCCCUAGUGCUAACUACACAGCCUGUCAUUGUCAUCCAAGGUUAAACGUCUGUGGAUGGAUAAUGCAUUGAAAAAAAUAUCGCAACGUGGUUUUCAGUUCCCUACAGUUCAGUAUUUAGUGAUUAAUUCCCAUUUUGUUCCUGUCUGUAUACGUGUCCUAAUUUAGAAUAGUCACACAUUAGUUGACGUUUUUGCGCUGUGCUGAGAGCACUAGGACAAUAAAGGCAGCCAUUUAGCAGUAUUCUGUGCAAGGUCUGCCCUGACUGGGGCUGGCAGCAGGUUGUCAGUCAUCUCCCGUUAGGACUGCAGACCCCUCGUCCUGAUUUCAUAUCUCCCAAUGUUGGGAAUCGUGCUAUAUAUAUCCUUUGUACAGCGCUACGGAAUCUGAUGGCACUAUAUAAAUAAUAAUAAUAUAUAAUGUAUUGCCUACUAUAAGGGAUUUAUUUACUAAACAGUCAAUUUUGCAGUAUUGACUGGUGACUUGAGAAAUAUAAGUGGGAUUUUUUUGUUCACCCACAUUGUUGAAGCUGGUUUGCAGCUCAAUAUAAUGCACUAUUUAGAAACUAAACCCUCCCGCACGAAUGUAUCGAGUAUGUCCUGCUGUGUUUUAGUUCAGUAAGAACUUGUCAGCUCUGUGUCAUGUAUACUCUGUUACAGACGUUCAUACAUUGAUUUACGUAUAAUAUGACUUGCUAGACCCCCGGCUGUUUGUAGUUAGGACUAUUCAAGACACUUAAUAAGGAUGUAAUCUCAGAACUCAAACAAGAUUUGUGUUGUAUUCGGAACAGUAUGGGGUUACGUUAUCUUAUGUCAUUCAGAACUAAACAUCUAAAACCGUUUACCUACUUCAGUCCUUUUCCAUCCCUGUAAACAAUGCUAUGCUACCAUCAUUAUCUCUACACACUAAAACUGGGGACCGGACUUUAAUUCACAUAAAGGUGCGGGCAGAUGAGUCAUGAGAGUGUCAGUUCAUUGCGAGCUGAAGUUCUAAAAGUCGAGACAGCCAUGUGAUGAGCAAACUAAUCACCUGCAAAACUUUAAAUGAAUCUAAAGAACAUAAACCGGGGACAAAAUCGGGCACGAUGAGGGCUUUUUAUAUUUUGGUCAUUUUAUUGUAAUUGUGGCUAUUUAUAAAGUGUAGAUAACUACAUAUUAAGCAUUGCAGAGAAUUGUAGAGUCCUAGUUCGUUAUAAUACUUCGCUUUAGGAAAAAGUAAAAGCAAGAGAAUUUCAAAUUGUAGGCCAGAAUUGCUAAUUAAGAAAAAAUUAACAACAUUUUCAAUGACCAUAUUUUGAAUAAAAUGUGAAAUUCUCUUUGAAUUUGAGAAGUUCACACAGUGUUCAGUGAUACCUGAAAAGUAAAAUAUUUAAAGUAUAAAAAAUUUUACUCUGUUUUCAUAUAUUUUGUUCUUUAUUACAGAUAUAUUAGGGGAUACUAUACAAUAUGCAUACGUCUUAUAUUUCAUCUAUUUCUCUCAGUAAAAAUAUAUAAAGCCAAAAUAUUAAGGAAAACAAAGAUUACAGUUUCCCCUAUUGUGAAACAAUCACGAAGGGUCUGAAAUAUUGGUUUGGUAUAAAAUUUUACAUUCGUUUGAAUUCCUGAUAACUGUAAUUGUUGGCAGAAUGCAGUUAUUGCACCCUGCAACAAAUCCCUGUAGUGUGUUCAGCACGAUGGGCUCUCACUCCUUGUUGUUAGAAUGGUGUGAUGAAGUUUGACCUACCGUACAGUGUGGGGAUAUAAGUGAGUGUCUUGCACUAAAUUUCUCUAAUCAUUUUCCCAGGAGGUAGUUUUGUAGAUACAGUGACACCAUAAUAAAUUUAAUUAUUUGUAUUAAUCCAAAAAAAAUGGGCUGGAAAAUAGCUAAGUUGGAUAUUUCACAUUUGGUUAUUUUAAAAUGUGCAAAUUCCUGGUUUUACAACUAAGCCUCACAGCAUGGGGUGGAUGGAGGCUAUGAUGGCAGAACAGGGUGGAUGGAGGCUGUGAUGGCAGAACAGGGUGGAUGGAGGCUGUGAUGGCAGAACAGGGUGGAUGGAGGCUGUGAUGGCAGAACAGGGUGGAUGGAGGCUGUGAUGGCAGAACAGGGUGGAUGGAGGCUGUGAUGGCAGAACAGGGUGGAUGGAGGCUGUGGUGGCAGAACAGGGUGGAUGGAUGGCAGGCAGGGUGGAUGGAGGCUGUGGUGGCAGCAUGGAAUGGCAUGGAUGGAGCUGUGAUGUCAGAACAGGGUGGAUGGAGGCUGUGGUGGCAGAACAGGGUGGAUGGAGGCUGUGAUGGCAGAACAGGGUGGAUGGAGGCUGUGAUGGCAGAACAGGGUGGAUGGAGGCUGUGAUGUCAGAACAGGGUGGAUGGAGGCUGUGAUGUCAGAACAGGGUGGAUGGAGGCUGUGAUGGCAGAACAGGGUGGAUGGAGGCUGUGAUGGCAGAACAGUGUGGAUGGAGGCUGUAACUGCAGGGCAAGGUGGAUGGAGGCUGUGAAGUUGGAGGAUGGUUGGUGGAGGCUGUUUUGGCAGAGCAGGGUGGACGGAGGCUGGGGUGGCAGGUUUUAAAUUUGCACCCACCCCAGGAGAUAAUGGUGAAUUGCAGCAUCCUCAAUUUUUUGCCAUAUAUAGGCUUGCAAAGUAUUAUAGGAGUUGUAGUCCAUAAAAUUCCUGUUGUAGAGAUUAGGCAUUUAAGUUGAAGCCCUGCUGGGACACCAGAGGAAAACCUUGUUAUGGAAUAAGAAGCAGCCCAAAGCCAAGGUUGUGCUGACACAUUAGGCGCUGUUGAGCUGGCAGGUAUGAGCCUGUGGUUGGCAAAGGUUCAUGAGAUUUGUAGUUCAUUAUUAGCUGGAUGUCUGGCCUUUGAAUAACACGGGCUGGAGUCUAGAAUUCUGAUGGAAAGAGAGGAAACGCGAUGCUCUGGGGAUCUGUAGGACAUGGCUUUGUUUAGCAGGAUGCUCUGUUGGUCUGUUUGUGAUUUACGUCCAUUCCUUAUAAUCCUUCCUGAAGUAGUGAUGUAUUAACCAGUUUGUGUUUGUCCUUUAGAACCAGGCAGCGCAGUCUGGGCCUUGGAGCAUGAGCUCUGCUCUUUACUAGUGAAACAGGAGCACAGCGUGAUGCCACAGGCAGAGGCAACGCACAGAGCACUGCCGAGCACAGCCAUGGAACCAGAGCAAGGUUCCGGAAUGCUACAAGAAGAAGAGGUACGAAAGCAAUGUCUGAGUGACAAGGUUGGACAAGUUAAUGGCACUAGAUAAUGUUAAGAUCGAGGUUACUUUGUAACCAUUUCCUGCUCCAAAGAUAAGAAACAUUUGCAGCAUUCCCUAUUUAAUACCAUGGAAAUCUCGUUUCCAAUGUUUUAUUACUAUUUAUCAGUAGUUAACUAAACUCUUAUACAAUAAAGAAUUUUUUCAUGUACACGUUUUUACGUGUAAACUUUAAAUCUGCACUUUAGCUUGUGCAUGCUGCUGGUAUGCUUGUGUUUGUGAGCACUCAGCAUGUCUGUUACCAGGCGUAAUGGCCUUGAUUUAAACUGCGCACAUUUUAUUUCCCAAGUCCCCAGUUUCUAAGUUCCCCUCAGGUACCCUACUUUCAUAUUUAGGGUCACCAUGUAUUGGUGUAUAACACUGCACAGGUGUGUCGAUCUGGCAAGUACACUGUGUGUCAGCUCACUGUAAAUUACAAGUGACACACUGACCUCCCACUGACUAUCCUUGUUGGGUGCAUAGCAAGUGGGCUGGCAAAAACCCCAAGAAAAUAAAUUCUAAUCCCAAAAUAUUGGGUUAUUAUUGAGUUGAUUUAAAUGAAAAGAAACAAAUCAUCCUAUUAAAAUGUGAAAAAGAGAGAGAUUUCUGGCGCUUGCUUUUUGUAUCUGUAGGAGCUCGAACUUCCCGAACCAGAAUCUCUUCCUUCUGGUUGUAGAUGAGAAUAAAUAAGAGAAUGACGGGAAGCAGCGCUUUCAACUGAAGUCCUUGGUUCCAAUGGAGCAGUAUGAAAAAUAGAAGGGACAAAACCCAAAUAUAGUGUAGUAUUUUAGGGAAUCAAAUAUGGCAAAUAAAAAAAGAUUGCACUUUCACUUUUCUGGAGCUCAAGAUCAGCUCCGGACACUGCGCCUGGACGGUACAAUCCCCGUCUGUGGAUAUGUAGAUGGUCCUGGUACUACUAUAUGAGGAGGUGUCUUUUGGCCAGUGGUUAUCGAUGUAAGGUCAGCAGCGGUGCUUACAUUCGAUGCAUUCUGGUAUGCCAGUAGAUAGUGCUCCAGUAAUAUAAAAGAAAUAUAAAAACAUAGUGCUCUCUGUAAUGUUAAAAUAAUAAAUAAUUAAAAGGAGAUAAAUUCACAAAGGAAGAGCAAAUAAGUAUUGCUCAAUCCUAAACGCCAUAAGUGGUAUGUUCCCCACCAAGGAACAUGGAGUCCUCCAGGUAAAAUCCUCAAGGAUGCAGAUAAAAAUAACAAGUAGCUUAAAAUAUUAAUAACACACAAACGCAUUUCACCUGUACAAAAGGCUUUUUCAAUCAAUAAAGUGUAAAAAUAAUCUUCAUGACUCAAAAGGUAAUCCAUUUUAUGGUUACUUCUGUGACGCUCAAUAAGCAGUUAUAAGAAUUAACACCUUUUACUGCAUGUAUCCGAUCUUCUGCAGUGUGUGUGCAUGCGGGUAUGCAUAUCCCAGUUAAUAUCAUUAUACAGAAGGUUCUGAGAUGUUGCCUUUAAAUGUAUUCUCUACACACCAAAAUCUUUGUCUUAAUGAAGCAGUUUUGGUGUGUAGAUCAUGUCCUUGCAAUCUCACUGCUCAAUUAUCUGCCAUUUAUGACACAUGACUUAAAAAAAAAAUUCAAUCAGUACAGUGUGUUUUCUUUAGAAGUUUUCAUAUCCUGCUGUGUGUAUUGAACUUUAAUUCAACUUUAAACGGUAAUGAUUUCUCACAUUUAAAGGACAGAUAUCCUAUUGCUGAAUAUGCCUCAGUGACUUUUCCUUUUUAUUUUCAGAAUUUCCCCAGGACUCCGAUUUCAAACAUAAAAGCAGAGCCUGGUGUCCCAAACCACUUCUUAAAUGUUCCAGCAGGUGAGUUUUAAACUGUCACCCAACGACUGCCCUAAGAAAUUAAAUAUUUAAUUUACAACUGAUUUCUUGUAUAGCUUAACCUAGUUGCCAGUCUGUGGGGUUUAGUGGGUUAACAUCUAGGACAAUUCAGGCCAAAGUAGUGGAGUGGGGGGGAGGGGGUUGGGGGUAGAGGGAACAAAACAAAAACAUUUACUUAGCUAAGUUCAAUUUGGCAAGUUUUUUUCCCCACCUCUUCUCUAAACACGGGCAGCACGUGCCCACGUAUCCCAUUAUAUGGGAUUGACAAAGUCCUCAUUAAGGCCAAAACGUUGCCAGAUCAGCUUAAUCGCUGAAUGAAACGCCACUUCCAGCACAAUAUUAUCGUGUCGAUGUGGUGACAUUAAAGUGAUGUAAUGGGGACAGUAGCACUGUCCCUAAAGUAUCUGUUGUUGAUUUUCCAUAAUGUGCCAUUUGAUAGUUGAGCUCAAUAGUGUUAUGGAAAUACCUUUAACAGACCACCAAACGUUUUAUACUCACAUAGAGAGAUUUAUAAGAUGUGACAGUCACUACGAUCAUCCAGUGUUUUCAGAUUUCUUUUUGUUGUCUGUCCUAAAAUGUGUUAUUUCCUUGCCAAUUCUACCCCAUCUGCUAUGUGAAGAGACCGCAGACUACGUUACUGCUUAAUACAUUAUUCAGUAUAUUUGUUCAGAGUUCAAGUUUUAUCUCAUUCCAUAACUUUACUUUGUUUUGCUCUCUUCCUGUUUAUUGUAGAUGUUUUAGGUAUGAUGCCGCUCACCCCUCCAAGCAGUCAUAGUAGCGACAGUGAUGGGUCUCAGAGUCCUCGUUCUUUACCACCUCCUAGUCCAGCUCGCCCAGCACCUCGGUCUUCUCACGCCAUUUCCUCAUCACCACUACUCACUGCUCCACAUGUAAGUGUUGCGUGUGACGAGAGUGGUUUUCCAGAUGUCGAGUCUUGGGGAAGUUUUGUUAAAACAAGAGCUGAUUGUAUGUUAAAUUCUCUUGGUGAUCAGAAACUUCAAGGCACCUCUGGACCAUUGAUGCUGACCGAGGAGGAAAGACGGACUCUAGUUGCAGAGGGUUACCCAAUUCCCACCAAACUGCCUCUUAGUAAGACUGAGGAAAAGGCUCUGAAGAGAGUCCGCAGGAAAAUCAAGAACAAGGUGAGAAGGGUCACAGUGGUUCUGGUUAAAUAACUCAGGUACAAUUCAUGAAACUUCAGUGUCUUGGUUAAAUAGUGCAUAAGGCAGAAUUGGGUAUGGGUACAUUAGGUAAAACUAAAAGGUGGUAGUGUGAAACUCUGCCACCUAGGGUCACUCUGGAAAAAGCACCCAAAACAAGUUAUAAAUGUAAUAUGGGUAAAAACACACCCAUAACAUACAGGUUGCAGUGCUUGUUAGGAUGGUUUCACUGGUAGUGUGUAAUAUUUUGCCUAUAUUCCAUUUUCUAUCCUGCAGAUCUCGGCCCAGGAAAGCCGCAGAAAGAAAAAAGAAUACGUGGAGUGUUUGGAGAAGAAGUGAGUUUGGAAAUGUGUGUACGUGUCUUCGUCUUUGUAUUUUUGUGCAUGUCCCUCUGUCUCUGGUGGGGAGGGUGCUUUACGAAUGCUCCUAUUGAAGACAGCCUAGUCCUAAAGUUAACAUUUUUAGAUGAGCAGGUACGCACAAAGCAUUUCUCUAUUACAGAUAUAAUUUGUUAAAUUAGCUUUGUAAGUAGAAAAUUAGCUGAGGAUUAGAACACGCCCUAAAGAAUCAAAACCAGGAUGCUGAUUGGUGUGUCGGGGGUUAAACAAGUUUUAAAGGUGAAAUAAUCAUUGGGACCAUCCAGUCGGAAUAAUAAAUUGAAAUUUGAAUCCACGGUGCUUUAUAUGAAUAAAAUCAAAUGCAUAAAUGGCUACUGCAUAUACGGCGUUAGACCCCCACUAAGAAAUCGCAUAUCUCAAUAUAAAAAUUGUACUCCAUUGAAUAAAGUCAUAUAUUUAUAAAUGCUGGUUGUUCUGUAUGAUCUAAAAGUUGUGAAAUAAAAAAAAAAAAAUCAUGAUCACACAACAUAAUGACUUUUUCCCCACUGAAUGCGGAAUUGUCGUGAAUUAAAAAGAAAAAUGCAGAUUAACAUAAUAAAGCUGUGCAUUUAUCUGAAAUGGAUACUUUAUUUUAACCUUAAUUCUUUAUUUGAAUUUAAUUUUCAUAUCACUACAAUGUUUAGCGAAUAAUACAAAUUCACUAUUUGGAGAAUAAGUCCCAUUCCCAUAUAAAUGAUAAAAGGUGUGAUACUGUUAGAUACACAGUCAGUUUAGAAAUAUACAGUCAUUAACUAUCUUAACAAUCUGCCAUUUGCAACCUAUGAAAGUGCAGAGUUGUCAGACCUGCUGCUACAGUAAAUCGUUUAAUAGAUCUCCCCUAUUUAUUGUGUCUGUGAGUCAAUGCAUCCUGUGUCUUGUUGCCUUUGUAUUUGUUUGUGUGUGACGUACAUGUGUCACCUCCCCCUUUUUCUUAAGUUUCUUAUCUUUGGGUAAGUGCAUGCAUUUGGGGCCUUCUGCUAAUCUACUACACCCAUCAGUCUCAGCCACAUUACUGGUGCAGAGUGAAGAGAGUUGUAGACAGCAGUUAGUCUGCCCCGUGUCUCUUUGUCACGUGUCAAUCUUCGUCUUCUUCUAGGGUCGAAUCCUUCACAUCACAGAACAGCGAACUUUGGAAGAAAGUGGAAACAUUGGAAAACGCAAACCGGUGAGAUUUGAGUGAAGUAGCUCCUAAAAUUAUUCUUCUGAAUCAAUUUGUAGCAAAAAAAAAAAAGUAAUAGUAAUUGGUUUGGAUAAACAGAAUUUCGUCCAUGCUGUCAUUUUGGGAAAAAAUAAUUUUGAUGAGCCAAUAUGGCAGGGAAAACGUGCCUACUAGUGUAUUGCAAUGGAACAAAGCUAAAGGUAUUCGAGCAUUUUUGCAAUGCAAUUCUGACUACUUCUUAUUAUUGCGAUUUAUAUAGCGCCAACAGAUUCCGCAGCGCUUUACAAUAUAAUUAGUGGGGGAUUUAACUAUAAAUAGGACAAUUACAAGAAAACUUACAGAGACGAUAGGUUGAAGAGCUUACAGUCUAUGACUUCUUACAGUUAUAUUAUUAAUCUGUAUUUUAAAAAAUUAAAUAUUACGUGAGAACCUACAUGCAAUCUCUCACAGAAAUGGUAAAACAAUAAUCACUACUGGUUUCCCUCCCUCAAUACCUGAGGUCAGAGGUUAUCCGGAAGAAUCCUGCUUGGAAAUAGAUUAUUUAUUUUUGUAAAUGCUCCUCCUUUUUUCUGACCUAUUGGUCACGUCUCACUUGAUCUGUGAAUAAAAUUAACAUUUAGUGGCUGUCCCUAACCAUCAAUUGUCUAUUUCCACCUUUUGAUUGGAGAGAAGAAAUGCCCCACAUCACUGGGCAUCCCUAAGAUUCCAACUAAGAUUCUUAUUUUUCCCCCAAUCCAUCAGCUUCUUCAAGCUUUUUUUAAGCUCCACAUACCGAAUCCUCAAAUCACGAAACAAGUUGAAGAAUAUUGGAAAAUUGCAGAUUACCCAAAUUGUUUAAAAAUGUGCAAUUCUAGCAGGAGUCAUCAUGGAUUUUGGUGACUCAUUAGAUAAGAUUUCUGUGAAUUACAAACAUUUUUUUUUUCUGUAGAAAUAACUCCUUUAUGUGCCAAGACAGGCAGACAUACAAAAUUAAUUUUAAAAAAGUUCAAAAUUUUAGAAAAAAAAAAGACUACUCACACUUAACUGUUAGCUAGCUAUCAGAUUGGGCAAAAAUGUAGCGAUUGUGCUUUAACUAAUAAAUCAUACACCCCUGGUAUGUACAUUGUUUGCUAAACUACUUGCUUUAGAAAUAGAAUAAUUAAAGAUGGGCUUAUAUUGCCUCCUAGUGGAUGAUUUGUCAAACUACAGCUACAGGUUCCAGAUACUAAAUAAGUGUUUUCACAUCAACUCUGCUCAAGAUUAAAGCGGCUCUGUUACUUUGCGUAAUUUCUCAGUUUCUCUUUGUUUUAUUGUAUUGAAAUUCACCUCAGUUUUUAAAUUAUACAUAAGAAAAAGUAGGGACUACUUUUUCUCACUGGGAGCGUGAUCUAUUGCAAAUGUUUGACAAUGGGAUAGGCUUAAAAUAAUUCAGUGAUUUACCCACAAUCCAUCAGUAAAACCAGUCCCACAGAAGGCAAACUGCAGACUUCAUGAUCAGAGUAAAAGAAAAUAGGGGCACACAGGUAUUAAGAUCCGGCACAUGGGAGAAAAGAUUAUUAUUAUUAUUAUUAUUAUUAUUAUUAUUAUUGUUAUUAUUGGUAUUUAUAUAGCCUCAACUUAUUCCGCAGUGAUUGAUAUAUAGACUUAAAUAUAAAGAAAGACACGCAGCUACAGGGCCCCCCACGGCCACCACAUCAUCAGAAAACAGUCUGUUUGUUAAAAUCCCUCUAAACAUAUUGAAUGAUAUUAAUUAAUUUUAGAAGCCUUAAUUUAAAUGUCAGCAGAUGUAGUAAGCACUAUUUAGUUCCUAUAGUAAAAGCUUGAGAUGCAUUCCACAUCUGAUUCAAUACGUCUCUGGACAUUCUAAAGAUAGUGCACAACGCCCCUCACCCAGGUGGUCCCUGUAAUAGCAGAUUAAUCCCGAGGUGGGACCGACAGGCUCCCUGGCCCUCAACAUCUUAAAAUCACCCGUUGCUAUCAGAAGCUUCUCCAGACAGCUAUCGGGGGAGAGGAGAUCUGCAAACAGACAUGCGCGACACCGUUAUCUUGUAACAGUGUCAUUUAUCAUUUGUAUGAAAAGGAUUCUUUUCAUUGCAACCGUUAUCUUUUGAGGUGCUGCCCCCAAGUGUCCCUAUUAAUAAGGCUAUGAACGACUUUAAUAAAUAUUAAACAUAAUCAUUGCAUUUAAAUAUAUCCAACCCAAACUGAUCAUGAGCAUCUACAGACUAAUUAAAACUAAUAAUUGUAAUGGGCAGACUGGAUUGUAAUGCAGUUUAUGUCUAGUGCCACCUAGUGUUAGUAAUGUAAACUGCGCUUGCAAUCUUAUUUCUAAAGUCUAGAUACAAAGUACAUUGAGGGUAUUUCUGACAUAAAACAUGGGAUCUGUGUAAGUACACUAUUAAAUUCAAGUUAUUGAGGUGGAUGAAGCCAGCAUCAGAUUGAAAAUACAGGAUCACUUAUUAAAAUAGUUGGAAAUACUUCAUGUUGAUUAAAACUUACCAAAAAUGAAAUUUCAGUUUUUUGUUGUAUGUUUGUUGUCACCCCCUCCUUGAUUCUUCGUUUGAGGCCGGUAUGGCGCAGUGUUUUUAAGGCUGACCCUCAGGAGCAACUAAUAUGCAACCUUGCAUUAUGUUCUUGUGACUCCAUCCUGUCAAUAAGACAUGUUGUGGCCUCUUCAUGUGUCCUGAGACCAAUUUAGAGAACACUGCUCUGAAUAGCACAUUAAUGUCUGUUUGUUUAAUCGAAUGUGUAAUAAUAAUUUUUGUGUUCCUAUUUGUAGAUCUCUGCUGCAGCAGUUGCAGAAGCUGCAGGCUCUGGUUACCGGCAAAGUGACAAGACCCUGCAAACUCGCAGCUACACAGACAGGAACCUGUCUAAUGGUAAAUUCUCAAGCACACUACCCUGCCAACAUAGAGGAGCUCUAAAUCAUGUGUGCAACAGCCACAGCUCUCUCAUUAGUGUGCUACAGCCCUGCCCCGUGUUCUAAGUGUGAAACAGCCAGGUGCUGUUCUUGUGUGUGACACUGACACCGCCAAGUACCCUCUGUCCUGUGCGACAACACCAAAGCUUUUCCUAUUAGUGACAGUGCCAUGUCCCCUGUGUGAAACUAAAACAGCCAGGCCAUAUCUUUUCUGCGACACAAACAAGGCCGAGUUCUGUGAUAUACCUUCUUCUAUCUUCUGUGACACAAACAUAAAUACCGCUAAGUCCUUCUUCUAUUGUGUGACAUUAAUAAAGCCAUAACUUUCUUUGCAUGUGUGACAUUAAUACAGCCAUAACGUUCUUCUAUUGCGUGACAUUAAUACAGCCAUAAUGUUCUUUGCAUGUGUGACAUUAAUACAGCCAUUGUUUUCCUCCCAUGUGUGACAAUAACACAGACAUGGUGUUUUGCAUGUGUUACUAAUACAGACCAAGCCUGUGAUGUAUGGAAAACUAAUGGAGCCAGAGCCACCAACGUGUACGUGACAGUGACACAGCCGGGGCCCCGUCUCCUUUGUAUGAUACAUACAAGCUCUUUCUGAAGUUAACCCUAUCGUUCUGACUUCUCUUUCCUCUCCUCUCUGCAGGUUGUGGUGCUUUGUUUUGUUCUUGCCUUUGGUUCCAUGAUUCCAUCCUUGCCAGAAUUUUCUUCGGGGUCUCAGACAGUGAAAUCAGUCCCUCUCUUGGCACCUGACCUGUACUCCCUCAGCCAGAGUAAGACCCCAACCUGAUGCCCCCUGUGCUUACUUGUACUGUGUUACUGCACUGACACAGACAGAUACAUUUAUUGGGUCCCUGGCAGGGUGACAAAGAAGGCAAGGGCUCGUGGAGUUUAGCAUCUUUUAUAUAACAGCAUUUUGUAAAUAAUCAAAAACAGCAUAUAGGUUAUGUUAAAAGCGAAUCUACCAUUUUUAUGAUAUUAGCAAUAAAAUGCUUGAAUCAUGGAACCUUUAUUUAAAUUAAGCUUUGGCCAAAUUCCAAGUCAGGGCAGUUGGAAAGUAAUUGCAAGGAACGUUUUGGAACAACUUAAAAACUGUGAAUAAUUUACAAUUAGAUUUACUUUUAACACAACAAAUAAACAUUUUCAAUUAUCUUCACACUGUUGCAAGUACUGACCAUAAAGGGUUCUAGAGCCCAGCACAGAGAAGCUAUUGUAAAUAAUAUUACUACAUUUUCAAACUGGGGUAAAAUAAACAUAUAUAUUUUGCAGUCCGAACCCGAAAUCUCCUGUCCUACGAUGAGGGGAUUGGAAGCGAGGAUGGAGCCAACUCGGUUUUGGGAGUCCAGAGGAGAGACGGUUGGGUCCCAGACACAUCAUCACCUGGCAGGCACAUGGAAAACACGGCCCACGAGAGGAGCAAGUACCUGGGAGAAAAUGAUUGGGAAAACGGGACAGAUGGAGGAUUCACGAGGCAGGAGGAGGGGUGAGCAGAAUACUCACAAAUACUCAUAUUUAAAAUUCUUUUCUUCAUCAGUCUUUUGUGGGACAGAGAAAAGUUAGCAUGCAAAAUCCUGCUAUUUUUUUAUUUUUACAAAAACCACGGAAUAAGUAAUUAUUUAGUCCAAAAACUAUGAAAUGCAUAAUAGUUGUGUGUUGCGCGUUGUGUGUUCCGUUAUUGUUGUUAAAAUGUUACAAUUAAUGGUACAAAGUAUUAAAUCUAGUAAAUUACAUUGGCUUUUUAAAGGCUUAUUUACUAAAGUCCAAAUUGGCUAAAUUCUGUUAAGCAGACCUGCAACCCAUUUUACAAUUCUCAUAUUUACUGCAGGAUAAUUUAGUUGAAAUUCACUUCUUUCAACAGAAAUAGAACAUUUCAUUUGGUACCAUACAGUGUCUGCUGUACAAUCGUGAAUGCUGACGUGAAUUCAAUAGAAAACGCACAUUUUGCUUACUUAUCAAACACUGGGUUUCAGUCGGAUCCACUCUGAACUAAUCGGGGAAAAGGCAAAUUCACAAAAUAAAUUCACCUGCUUUUUUCAGGCGUUACUACAGAAAUCCACAGUAUUUGCAUACUGGCAGCACAAGCAGCCAGCAGAUAAAUUGCUAAAAUGAGUGCGUGUUCCUUUAAAUAAAUAGCCCUGUUUAUAUUUAUUAAAUUCUUCCCAUUGCAAUGCUAAUUCUUAGGUAACGCAUGGUCUACUUUACCUUGUGUAGCUCUUUCUCCUGAUAUCACUGUAAGUGGGAGAAGCCUAAGAUUUAAAAUAGCCGCUACAUUUACAUUUACUGGAAAACAAGACAAAAUGCAAUUGCAGAAUCAAAAAAUAUAACUUGCAAAACAGGAUAGCUUUACGAAAUUAAAAAACGAAAUCACGAAGAGUCUCAUAUGAAAUGCGGCCAAUGUCUCGUUUUAUAAAGUUUGAUGAAUGGUUGUGCCUCUGAAUAAAACCAGUCACCUGUGAAUAUUUUUUUUGUAAAUUUUUUUAUUUAAUUAAUGGAACACAUUAUAUAAUAGAUAAUUAGAUUGCAGUACCAUAUAGUAGAAAGAUUUAAAAUGAAAGAAUUUUAUGGUAGAUUGUUUAUAUUUUUUAAUUGUUAAACAAGAUGAGAAAGUCAGAUAGUUAUAACGGACACUUAACAACUUAGUUAUUCAACAAUCUUUAACAUAUCCAGUCUCAGAUAUGGGAGAGAUGCAUCAUGGGAAUACAGGUGCAAAGCGCUACAUACAGAUAUAUUGGUUUCCAUGGUGAUAGCCCCAUAUUUACCACUUUGCCCCACAAUGGCACCUGCUAUUACAUAUUGAUAUUGAAAAAACUGUCACUAAUAUGAAAAGCUUUGAUACUUACUUGGAUUCAAAGCUGUUGGUUUACUGGGAAUUGAGGAGAAUUCGCUAGAAAAAUGCAUUUUUGUGGACAAAACAGUUGAAAAGAUGAAAUAGCUCAGUUACAUAAUUCCAUUGAAAGUUAAUUACCAUUAUCUGUUUACUGAAUAUACUCAUAGGGUAUUAUAAAUUUUUUUUUUUUUCCCCACAUUUUAGUUAAUUGCAAAAUGUAGGCAAAAAUAUUGGAUUUGGCAAAUUUCUCCAAACUUCGCUAGAGCGUGACAAUUUAUGACUACAUUUUGCAAAUCCAUUCCAUAUCACUGCAAUAUGAUGUUUAGUGAAUUAACCCUGAAUUAAUUAUUUCUGCUGUAACUUGUGCAUCCCUAGCGGUUCUCUGAUCGUGUCUGUUUUGCUAUUUUACAGGGACAGAAGCUCUGAAUUCUUGUAGGAUUGGGGGCAGAGGGAGGGGGACCGGAAGCUGAACAUUCCACAGGAAGGAAAAAAAAUGCAGGGAUGUCUGGAUUUAGACAAAAAGGAACUUUGGGAAUCCCAGAGAAAACACUCAUCUCACUUGUGUUUGGAAUAAACAAAACAAAGCACUGAAGUGGAAGAGUGUGCUGACGUGCAGAGGGUAGAGACUCAAUAAGAAAAAUUCUCUGCAUGAAACUAGCACAACCGUCCAACUGGUGCCUAAUCUGGCCAAGCAGCAACAAGACUGCCUGCAAUCUCUUUAACCCCCAGCAGAGUGCGCUCUCUGUCUACUUGUAUUGCCCUCCUAUGAUGACAUUACCAGCUGCAUCCCAAAGGUUUCACAUUUGUUGCCUCCUCGCUGCCGGUUGGGACUGUAUAAUUUAGAUGCCCUGUUUCAGGGAGUGAAGGACUCUUGCCUAUUUAUGAAAGAGGCACACCCUGCUUACUGUUUUUUGGUCAUCGGUCCGGACCCCUCUCUCAACUGCUGCCCCCAUCAAUCGGUCCUUGUACAGACCACACCUGUAUUUCUGGAGAAGAUUUAGUUAAUGCAAGCUUUGUAUGCACGAGGAGGUCCUCCUCUAGAUUUAUACCUUUCUUAUUCUCCUCUUUGCUCUGUGCCUGCUUCUUUUAAGCAAUUUAAAAUAAUAAAAAAAAAUAGCAUCAGCAACAUGUCUUCGUGUCUCACUAAAUUUAAAGAGGAACACGGGAGAGGUAACGAAGAAAAAUUCCGGUAAGAUGAAUCUGACAAAUCAACAGGUCGAAACUGUGCCAGUCGUUGUACAGCAAACUAUAUAUUUUUCAGCACACUGAUAGGCACAUUUUCACACCAUUUUGGUUGAUAGAUCAAUUUAGAAAAGGUAAUCAAUAGAGGGAGAAGCAGU